CCCCGGUGCAUUGUAUUGGAGGUGCGCUCUCUGGCAGUCCCUCUCUGUGUGUCUGGACCGUGAUGGCGGAGGACAGCGAGUCCGCGGCGAGCCAGCAGAGCCUGGAUCUGGACGACCAGGACACCUGCGGCAUCGACGGCGACAACGAGGACGAGGUCGAGCAUGCGAAGGGGUGAGGCUGCCGCGGGGAGUGCGGGCUGGGUGGGGGGCUGAGUGGCAUGGCUGCCUGGCAGUGUGGCUGCAUUGCCCGGGGAGGGGGCACAGGCAUUGUGUCCAUCACACCAUGAGCACUGCGAGGGGCCCCAGGAACCUGGCCCACAAUGCACCGGGGCCCCUGCCUGGCAUUGUCUGGGGCCCUCCUACAUAGCUCCAUGUGCAGCCACUAUGGCUCACAGCACACCAUGAUUAUUUAUUAAACCUGUCAGAGACUGCACACCCACAACUCCCAUCACUGCCAGGCCUGGGGACUGCACACCCACAACUCCCAUCACUGCCAGGCCUGGGGACUGCACACCCACAACUCCCAUCACUGCCAGGCCUGUGGACUGCACACCCACAACUCCCAUCACUGCCAGGCCUGUGGACUGCACACCCACAACUCCCAUCACUGCCAGGCCUGUGGACUGCACACCCACAACUCCCAUCACUGCCAGGCCUGUGGACUGCACACCCACAACUCCCAUAACUGCCAGGCCUGAGACUGCACACCCACAACUCCCAUCACUGCCAGGGCUGAGACUGCACAUCCACAACUCCCAUCACUGCCAGGGCUGAGACUGCACACCCACAACUCCCAUCACUGCCAGGGCUGGGGACUGCACACCCACAACUCCCAUCACUGCCAGGGCUGGGGACUGCACACCCACAACUCCCAUCCCUGCCAGGGCUGGGGACUGCACACCCACAACUCUCAUCACUGCCAGGGCUGGGGACUGCACACCCACAACUCCCAUCACUGCCAGGGCUGGGGACUGCACACCCACAAUUCCCUCCACUGCCAUUGCUGGGGACUGCAAACUCACAAUUCCCUCCACUGCCAUUGCUGGGGACUGCAAACUCACAAUUCCCAUCACUGCCAGGGCUGGGGACUGCAAACUCACAAUUCCCAUCACUGCCAGGCCUGGGGACUGCAAACCCACAACUCCCAUCACUGCCAGGGCUGGGGACUGCAAACCCACAAUUCCCAUCACUGCCAUUGCUGGGGACUGCAAACUCACAAUUCCCUCCACUGCCAUUGCUGGGGACUGCAAACUCACAAUUCCCAUCACUGCCAGGGCUGGGGACUGCAAACCCACAAUUCCCAUCACUGCCAGGGCUGAGACUGCACAUCCACAACUCCCAUCACUGCCAGGCCUGGGGAUUGCAAACUCACAAUUCCCAGCACUGCCAGGGCCGGGGACUGCAAACUCACAAUUCCCAUCACUGCCAGGGCCGGGGACUGCAAACUCACAAUUCCCAUCACUGCCAGGGCCGGGGACUGCAAACCCACAACUCCCAGCACUGCCAGGCCUGGGGACUGCACACCCACAACUCCCAUCACUGCCAGGCCUGGGGAUUGCAAACUCACAAUUCCCAGCACUGCCAGGGCUGGGGACUGCACACCCACAACUCCCAUCACUGCCAGGCCUGGGGAUUGCAAACUCACAAUUCCCAUCACUGCCAGGGCUGGGGACUGCAAACCCACAAUUCCCAUCACUGCCAGGGCUGGGGACUGCAAACCCACAAUUCCCAUCACUGCCAGGGCUGGGGACUGCAAACCCACAACUCCCAUCACUGCCAGGGCUGGGGACUGCAAACCCACAAUCCCAUCAACACCCAUCACUGCCAGGGCUGGGACUGCAAACAAUUCCCAUCACUGCCAGGACUGGCCAACUGCAAACCCACAAUCCCAUCACUGCCAGGGCUGGGGACUGCACACCCACAACUCCCAUCACUGCCAGGCCUGGGGACUGCACACCCACAACUCCCAUCACUGCCAGGCCUGGGGACUGCACACCCACAACUCCCAUCACUCCCAUCACUGCCAGGGCUGGGGACUGCACACCCACAACUCCCAUCACUGCCAGGGCUGGGGACUGCACACCCACAACUCCCAUCACUGCCAGGCCUGGGGACUGCACACCCACAACUCCCAUCACUGCCAGGCCUGGGGACUGCACACCCACAACUCCCAUCACUGCCAGGCCUGGGGACUGCACACCCACAACUCCCAUCACUGCCAGGGCUGAGACUGCACACCCACAAUUCCCAUCACUGCCAGGGCUGGGGUCUGCAAACCCACAACUCCCAUCACUGCCAGGCCUGGAGACUGCAAACUCAGAAUUCUCAUCACUGCCAGGGCUGGGGACUACAAACCCACAAUUCCCAUCACUGCCAGGGCUGGGGACUGCAAACCCACAAUUCCCAUCACUGCCAGGGCUGGGGACUGCAAACCCACAAUUCCCAUCACUGCCAGGGCUGGGGACUGCAAACCCACAAUUCCCAUCACUGCCAGGGCUGGGGACUACAAACCCACAACUCCCAUCACUGCCAGGGCUGGGGACUACAAACCCACAACUCCCAUCACUGCCAGGGCUGGGGACUGCAAACUCAGAAUUCUCAUCACUGCCAGGGCUGGGGACUGCAAACUCACAAUUCCCAUCACUGCCAGGGCUGGGGACUGCAAACCCACAAUUCCCAUCACUGCCAGGGCUGGGGACUGCAAAUCUACAACUACUAUCACUGCCAUGGUUGGGGUCUGCAAACCCACAGGUCCCAUCACUACAAACCCACAGCUCCCAUUAAUGCAAGCCAGGCCUUGCAGCUAACUACCCUUGAGACCCAUCACAAUUACUGUGAAUAUAAUACACUGCUCACCUUCCUAUGUUUAUUUCGUUAUUUUAUUUCAUUUAAUUCAGUAACAAUGUUGCAAUGUAUUACAGUAUUGUAGAAUGGGUUAAAGCCCAGAUUAUGCUGGUGGUAUGCAGUUAAUUUAACAAUGUUUUCCCCCUCAUUGAACCAGUUAUUCUAAGCAUGGUUAAGAUCUUAAUUUUUAUUUUUAAAUUGAAUUUUGUUCUAUCAAUAUUUUGUGUGUGUGACCGGCAGUGUGUGUUCUUAUGAUCACCCCUUGCUCAUAUCAUGCUAUAGGUCUGGUUCCCCUUCUACAUGUCACCUAGCUUUUCCUACUCGUAGUUCCCAGAGGCAUGUUUGCCUGACAAAGUCUGGUGAAUGCUGCCUAUCUGUAUUACUCUUACCCCUUUUUAUUCCUAGUAAGAAGCAAUGGCUCUCCAGCAGUCCAGGACUACCUUGCUCAUUAUGUUUAGCCAGCAGCAGGAGUUAUGAAGUUGAGUGACUAUCUGAACAUCAGAAGAAAUAUAUUUUCCAGGAUCUACAGUGCCAGAAUUUAGCCAUCACUUGUCUCGGCCAAACAAAGGAUUACGUUUCCUAUAACCCGAUCAUUUUAGUCUUGGGGCACAUUUCUGUAUUCAUGGCUUACAAUUUUGAGUCGUACAGUAGUAGCUGGGCAUUAAAAAUUGCCACUGCAAGUUUGGAGGCUCAAUGGCAAACUCACCAGGGGGAAUUUUCACUUGCCAAUCGCUAGUGGCAAAUAGACAUUUUGAGCCAUAUAUAUUUUUUCUGCUUCAGAGUUUGAGUUUUUAAGCUGCAAUUAUUAUUUACUAUUUGGCAUUAAGUGCAGGGGGCAGACACCAUCACUGCUGACAAUUGAAAGGGUUACAUUGGCAGCAGCAGGAAAUGUUAAUUUGCUGGCACAGCCCUGUAAUGAUCCCUUAUUUAAUCUAAUAGCGUUAUUAUACAUAUCCAGCCUGAUAAUUACGAGCAUUCAUUAUAUGUUAGGACACACUUGCUGAGCACGUCAUUAUGCUCCUUUUUAUUUACUUUAAAAUACAUAUAGUGUGUUUCUUUUGGUACUUUGACCUCUGAUCCAUUCCCCCACCGAUCCCGCUGUCAGUGUCUGCAUUGGUAUAUUGCUUCAGAAAUUUCCAUGUGCCCUUUCAUUGUUGUAACCAUCAAAAAAUUGACACAUUUGUACUUUUCAAACACAGGAUCUGUAUAAUGGUGUCAUGCACAUAUCUGUUGCAUUGGAGUUCUGUUCAUUUCCCCUGUUAGUCUUGUAUCCUGGUUUAGUCAAGAAAUCCCUCCUGUCUUACAUGCUAGGCCUCUGUAUCUGACUUAGCAUCUUCACAAGAAUUCUGUUCAUUUUUGCCCUCACAUAGUGAGCUAGUUCUGUACAGUAAUUGCUACAUUGUCCCGAAACAAUCACUUUAAUAAAAAUGUCCAGCUCUAUGCUGGCUUGUAAUAAUCUAACGUAUAUAGCCACACAGUUACACACAGAUAGGAAAUGAAGUACUUCUGUGAUAUAUUACAGGCACGUAACAUGUUUAUUAUCGCAGUAUACUCUAUGUAAAUGAGAAAUACGUUUUCUCUGCAUAAUGAUCCCUAUUUCAACGGUUUGUGGAAAGGUUAACGUUUCCCUACUCUUACAACCGGUGCCAAUUAAAGGCCUGCCAUAUAUAUCCUGAUUUUGGCUAUCUACAUAUUUUUAUUGUGUUGUUUGUAAAGCAUGAACGCAGUGCUUUUUUAAUGAGUAAACAGCCAAUUGAAGAUGAAUGGUUUAGGCAUGCAGAAAAUAUAAGUUGAUGAAUGCCAUCAAAUAGGACUGGUAUAGGGUAAUUAUAUGAGCACUAAUGCAUUAACUAUGCCAAUGAGCAUGCUUCUAACCCUUAAUUCAAGAAGAGGGUGCUCAGUGUGAACGCUGAAUGAUUCAACUUGAAACCCCAUCAGCUCACAUGUUGAUAAAUGUGCCCUUUCUGUCAUGUACACCCCCGCUAGCCUGUCAUUUGGUCUCCUUUACUUAUUGUAUUGCAGAUAGGGGAUUCACUGCAGUUUCAGCAUGCGUCAUUGGCAGUUGUGGUCACAACACUCUGCUCUGUUGAGUGGGAAGUCGUACACCAGAUAUUUUGCUGCCAUAGAAUAGGGCUUGCAUUCUGGUUCUGCCUGCAUAGCUCCCUCGAUUUGAAAGCCACAAGCUUGAAGCCUGCCUAAUGAUUCUUUGUGCUUUGUUGAGGUUAAGCACAGUGAAUUUUAUUAACCACAAGAGUCUGUAUGUUUAAUCCCCAUCACAUCAGGGAUGCCUCUGUGCUUGCCUUCCUCUUUUUGUGUGUGUGCAAGUUUAAGUUGUAAAGUAAAAGCACCGAUUGUCCAAUAAACUCUGACAGGUUUCCAAAACAUACACGUUUUUAUUGUUUAGUUGUAAGAAAUUCUGUGUUUCUACAAGUGACUAUAUAUAAAUAAGUUUGAAAUAAUAUUCUGAACAGAUCUAUACUAUAUGUUUAAUUUAAGUCAGGGGAGCCCAAAAGAUAAAUCCCCAGAUAUUGUAGAACUACAACCCCCAUGAUGCUUUGCAUGCCUUUAGAAUGACAAAGCAUCAUGGAAUCUGUAGUUUUAAAACAUCUGGGGAUCUACCUUUUGGCACCCCUGAUCUAAGUUAAGGUUAUAAACUGAGCUGGUUUGGUAUAUGUCCUAACUUCCAAACCCUCAAUGACAAGUAAUGUUGUGUGUGUAUUCACGGCCGUCUUUAAAGCGGGGCAAACGGGGCAGCUGCCCCGGGCCCAUUUACUCCUGGGGGGCCCAAAGCAGCUACCCCGUGGGCCCCGCUGUCCGCAAAAAAGAAAUAAAUUUAUUUGCCCCCUGGGCCCGCCGGUGCUGCGGCUGCACCGGGAGCCCCAACACUAAGAGGCCCCGGUCGGGCACUUUGACCCCGUGGUUUUACCGCAGCAGGCUGGGAGGAAGUGACUGCCGUGAGUCACUUCCUCCCAGAUAGAAUGAAGCCGCGCGGGAUGGAGUAGGAGGCCGUCAGGAGGGAGCAGGAGUGCAGGAGCCUCACACUCCCAACGACCUCAGCCUGCCACUGGACCCCAGGGAACCCAUAAGGUAGGGCUGGAGGGUGGCUUUAUAAAUGUAAACUUUGCAUGUGUGUGUGUCAGUAUUUGUGUGAGUCAGUAUGUCUGUGUGUGUCUUAGUAUGUGUGUAUGUGUGUGAGUUUGUCUGUCAGGGUAUUUGUGUGUCAGGGUGUCUGUGUGUCUCUUAGUAUGUCUGUCUGUGUGUGUCAGUAAAUCUGUGUGUGUGUGAGUAUGUGUGUCUUAGUAUGUCUGUAUGUGUCAGUAUGUCUGUCAGGGCUUAUGUGUGUGUCAGUAUGUCUGUGCGUGUCAGUUUGUCUGUCUGUGUGUGUUUGUCUGUCUGUGUGUGUCAGUAUGUCUGUCUGUGCCUGUCAGUAUGUCUGUGCGUUUCAGUUUGUCUGUGAGUGUGCAUGUCAGUUUGUCUGUCACUGUGUCAGUAUGCCUGUCAAUGUGUAAAAAUGUAAACGUUGCAUGUGUGUGUCAGUAUUUGUGUGUGUCUUAGUAUGUCUGUGUUUAUCUAAGUAUGUGUGUGUGUGUGAGUAUGUCUGUCAGGGUGUCUGUGUGAGUCUGUGUGUGUAUGAGUAUGUCUGUCAGUGUGUGUCACUAUGUCAGUGUGUCAUUAUGUCUGUCAGUAUGUAUAUCUGUGUAUCUGUAUUUAGUAUAUCUGUGUGUCAUUGCAUGUGUCUCAGGUUUUGUAUAUGCAUGUCUGUAUGUGUGUCAGUGUGUGUAUCUGUAAGUUAUCAUUGUAUGUAUUUGUGUAUCUGUAUGUUGUCAGUGUGUGUACCUGCGUUUGUAUAUCUGUGUGUGUGUGUAUCUGCAUGUGUGUCAGUAUAUGUAUCAGUGUGUCUGAGUAUUCAUGUGUUUCAGUGUUUGUAUAUUUGUCUCCGUAUGUGUGUCAGGUUGUGUAUCUGUAUGUCUGUAUGUGUUAGUGUGUGUAUCUGUGUCAGUCUGUAUUUGCUUGUGUGUUAGUGUGAGUGUCAGUGUUUAUAUCUGUGUAUCUGCAUGUGUUUCAGUGUGCAUUUGUGUAUCACAGUGUGUGUGUGUGGCAGUGUAUGUGUACAUGUACAUACAUCUCAUCAUUCAAAUCGCCAACACUACACACAAGUACACCCCUGCAUUCAACCUUCAACACUACAUACAAACACAGUCCUGCAUUGAAACGUCAACAAUACAUACAAAUACAUCUUUGUGUUAAACACCAAAAAUAUAUCUAAACACACCCAGCAUUAAAAAAAAAAAUACACAGAUGCAUGCUUGCAUUCAGACACCAACACCACCUACAAACACACCCCUACAUUUACACAAACACACUCCAUACAAAAACAUGCUUCCAUUCAAACACACAAACACAACUCAGUGCUAAAUACAACUCUGCAAGCAUGGGAAAAUGGUUCCGUUACUGCGUUGGGAAGUGGAGAUCGUGAUUGCAUGCCAGGGAGUUAGGGUCAGGGGGCCCUAUCAAAUGCUUGCCCCGGGCCCAAUCAUUAUUAAAGACGGCCCUGUGUGUAUUCAUAUUUAAAACGUGUUCCACAGCACUGUACAAUGGGUAGGCAAUGCAUACGUGAGAAUUCAACAAGACAUGUUCGACUAUAAAUGAGAGCUAGUUAUUGCCUUGCUGUAACGCGUUUAUGUAUGAAAUUAUUAUGAGCAUGUUUUCUCAGCAGCAAACCAGAUUCAGCGUUUUCACAUUGCAGUUGAAACAUUAGCUCACUGCUUUCUACUGCAGUAAAUGUAUCUUCGAACUACCUAAUAAUGUAGAUUGUGUGAAUUGAAAGCCUAUGUGUGCAUUAAAAGUUUUAUGGGUGACUGUAGAUUCGGAAUUCCCAUCAAAUGACAAUUGAACUUUUUGGGGGUGUUUUUGAAAAUGCAGCACGUGUUUUUAAACUGCUGUUGUGGUAUUAACCACAGAUAAACAGGCAAUCAGAAUUUCUCCAGAGUUUGAAGUGCUCGUGGUGCUUGGAGUCUCUAAAUGCAGUAUUUAACUAUGAAAUGUUGCACACACAGAGUUUAACCAUUUUGCUGCUGGAGGUUUAACUCCACCACUGGCUGCGUCGUUCGGUUGUCCUCAGCCAAGACAAGAGUAAAGGGUGGCUAAUGCGAAUCCUGUGCAAAUUUGGUGUCUCGCGCACAACACACCAGACGGCCAAUGGCACCAUGCCUCUCCCUAUAAUUUGAAUUUGGGGAUUUGGUUGACAAGCAGAGCAAAGGCUACUCAAACCAGGAUCAGUGUUGGAGUAACCCUUUAAUAAUGUCAUAGCUAUCGAAAUCUCACAAUACUUUUCGCUGACACGCAACAGUUCAGUGAAAAGGGGCCCGUGUACCUUAGUUACACAGUUAUGCUUAUGUGUUUACGAUCCUUCUGAAUAGAGAGUUAACACAUUAGUGCAACUAUCAGAUGUUUAGCAAAUCCAACACCAAAAAAGGACAUAAUUAAUAAACUACUGAAGACACCAUAACCAUUGCUAGCCAAUCAAUGCCAUUCAAAUUUGGAUGGAAUUUACAUUGCUUCUGUAUUAUCAACAUGGAGAGUGCGAGACAGGUCCACAGAAACCUGGGGAAUCUUCAGUUUGUUUUAAACCACUCAAAACUGAUAUGUCUCCGUACUCUGUGAUUGCCCCUGUAGUAAUUAUAGAGUUACAGCUUAAUUACACAUAAAUAUGCAUUUCAUGUUAAUCUUACAAUCGUGGAGUAUCAAUCUCGAGAUUGUGCUUACAAGAACACUCCAAACACCAUAAUUACUACAGCACUCUCAGCCAAUGAAUUGGUCUUGCACUGCAGGACUUGGGUCAGGAGGGCUAACAGAAGCUCUAAGAAGGAGCUUCCAGCUCUUAUUUAUGAGUGUAUGAGAGUAAGGUGAGGAUCAGUCCUCGGUGGACGGCAGGACGCUCCUUGCACAACAAUCACAAAAUUAUUACAAGGACCACUUGGAGUGUUCCUUGUAACAAUGAUGAAUAAAGUUAAGCCCAGUUUUCAGUGGUAACUGUUCUAACGGCAGUAAUAUUAGUAUAAAAAAAAGUUUGGAACAUUUUUGGAUCAUGAUCACUGAAGUUCAAAAAACCUCAAUUUGAUAUUGAUAUUGAUGUUGGGCUUUUAUUUACCCCUGGUUCUAUGACUGCAUGUUCCGUUGUUAAGGUGUCUCUCGUUGAGCCAGGUAGACACACUGCAUUGCAGUGCCAAACAUAGACUGUGGGUGUUUGUUUAAAAAGACACUACACAAGUAAUUUUAUAUAUGACCAGUGGAGUGAAACGGCAUAAGCGAAGUAGUUUGGUUUAUUUUGUUAUUAAUUAUAAAUGACAUUCUAAGAGGCUCUGAACAGACAUCCUUUAUACCUCAAAUGUUUAUUUUUCUGUGACUAAUGGUGUGCCAGAGAGUACAAUGGAUUUAGCAAAGCAUCAAGAAUGGUCACAUAUGUACACCAGGAAGAAAGUUCAUAUGUAACACAGGGACAUAGAAUAUAUUGUAUAAUAAUUUCAAUUAAUAUAUUUUGUCAUUUAGAUAAACUUCCUGGGUUUAACAAAAUAAAUACAUUGAAAUUAUUUUACAAUAUAAUUUUUUUUUUAAUUAAAGCCCAAUGGAAAACUCCGUUAUUGGUCUGAUGUGAUGCUAUCAUUGCUUCACUUUGUUUUGCUGAUUGAAUCCAGCCAGUGACAAUGUGGGGAAAGACAGUCGUAUAUGAAUUCUGUAUAAUGGUUAGACAUCCUUUGUUUCCUGCAGUAUUUCGCAUUAGGCAGAUUAGGUACCUGGCUACAGGCACGUGUCCUAUAGCAGGGCAUUUUUACGGCACUUAUAAUGUGCCUUUUUUGAGCUUAGGUGGGGAAGGUAAAGGAUUAGGAAUUUUGAAAGUUGUUAGCCUUCUAUACUUGAUACCAGAGCUGUAGUAACACUUAUAGAGGAUGUAAAACUCAGUGCUGUGCCAGAUCCUCCAGUAUCUGUGUGUGUGUGAGGCUAGACAGGAAGUGGAAGGGCUCACUUCCUGUCUGCCACUAACAGCCUCUCACACAGGAAAUGACUUGCAGGAGAAGCUGUCUACCAGCUCAUGCAGCUCUAUCAACCAGAAGAGGGUGAAUACUUUGCAAAUAACCCUUUAAUCCACACGACUGCACCAUACACACCCUUUUCCCUUACCCUAAAUUUAACCACUCCCAAAAUCUAAACAAAUCCUUUCAUUAAUCCCAAAUUUAGGCACUCCUAUCCUAAACCUGAGCAAACUCUUUACCUUAACCCCUUAAGGACCAAACUUCUGGAAUAAAAGGGAAUCAUGACGUGUUACACGUCAUGUGUCCUUAAGGGGUUAAACCUAGAUUAAGCUACUCUUAAAAACUAGACAUCCCAUGUACCCAACUCAAAUUUUUAAUCGCACCGUAACACUAAAAGAAAUACUCUAAACACCCCUUGUCCCUUGUACCACAAAUGUAAUCCCACUCGAGCUAAAAAAAUCCUCCUAGCAAUAAAUAUAUGUAAUUUAACAAUGACUUGAACUGUUCUUUAACAUUUACUCUAACCAUUUUUUACCUUAUCUUUAAAGGUACUCUAUACUCACCAAGAUCACUUAAUCCCAAUGAAAUGGUCUGGGUUCAGUGAUCCCUGUAAUUUUAACAAUACAAUGUAAAAUAUUGCACUUUCUGGCAGCUGGUAUGUUGACCUCUCUGAAGGCAGAGCGGGCAAAUGCAGUAGAGGAGUCCUGGCCUAGGUAAGUAAUCUCUUUAAACUUUCAUUUUUUUGUUAUUAGCAAAGGUGCGUGGACAAAAGGGAACCUAUAGUCCCAAAGUAACAACUAUUAUUUUGGGUGCUUUUAGGUUUCCUUUAACCCGGCAUGCAUUUAGACAGCUGCACAGACUGACAGAUUCAAACCAAAUACAACAAAAACAGAAAUAUGCACAUUCUGUAUAUACGGUACAUACAGUAGGUGUCAAAUUUGAACAUUUGCUGUUGUUUUUUGCCUCUCAAAUCAACAAAAAAUGAUGUACCUCCUACUUUACUGCCGGUGUUUUGUUAAAAAAUAUUUUUUUGUGAUUAAUAUUAUUUAUAACGAUCACAUCUCUGUGGCAGUGUAGAGUUGUUUUUUGUAUUUUUUUUGCUUUGAUGUAUUUUUUUUUUUUACUGCUAUUGCAUCAUGGUUGUUGGGUGUUUUGGAGUAUGUGACAAUUUAACCCAUAUCUGAGCUUAGAUUGUAAUCUUUAUCAGAGUCAAUAUCUGCUUUGGGUUUUACGAUAAGCUGAUUCUAGCAACGCUGUUCUCUCGCAAAUUUCUAAUACAGCAUGUUUUAUACUUAAAUCCUCUAUUGUAUGAAAUUAUCAGAAGCCAAAUAAUUAUGUUCUCACCAUAUUUAUAUAGAGAUUUGAUGUACAGUAUUUAUCAAAAAUACAUCUCGAUAGCUUCUGAAAUUAUAUUUUAUUUUUUGUUCUUGUAUUCUUGUCUGUGUCAAAUGUGCCUCCUCAUAUUCCACUGCCCACACUUUAUAUCACAGUUUAUUUGUAAAUGGUCACUGUUUAUUUUUUUUAAAUUUUUGUUAUUCUUUUCAGUAGAUACACCUUUAAUUUCUGCGUAUUUCCUGCGCCAGACACUUGGUGGAGUUAUCGCCUUCUAGAAGUGUCAAUGCCCCCAGCCUUCACCAGUGACGGCUGCAGGGAAUUGGCCUUCUUGCGGGAGUCUCCGUAGAAAACUGUGCUGUAGUCUUGCGCAUGUGAGAGUUCAGCAGUGAUGUCGGCUCGUGGUGCUAAAGUUCUAGGAGCUGAAGAGAGCGGUUGGGACCCCCCAGCCACCUAACUCGCAGCAGCGACGUUGCUGUCGGUGGUCUUUGCAAAUUCUGGAAAGUCGCCAGACGGUGACAGUGCCACAUUAAGGCUUGGCUAAUGGCAUAGAACUUGGAAUUGAAAGUCCUCUGUGGGAAAAUAUCAGACCUAUAGACCAUAAUGAAACAAUCCUGAUUGGUUGAGCCUCUCCUGGUGAAAAUCACAGUGAGAAGCACACAAGCGCCUCUAGUGGCUGUCAAUGAGACAGCCGCUAGUGGAAAUAGGGGAAGGCUUAACCCAUUCAUAAACAUAGCCGUUUCUCUGAAACGGCUAUGUUUAUGAAAAAAUGGGUUAACCCUAGAAGGACCUGGCACCCAGACCACUUAAUUAAGCUGAAGUGGUCUGGGUGCCUAGAGUGGUCCUUUAAGAAAGAGGUGAAAAGUUGUACAGCGAUAACACCACACUCUGACUUCUACUUGCAAGUUUGAGUGGUUUCUUAUCCACUCAUACGAAUUGCUCUCAGUGGAACGUCACCUCUUCUUUUUUGGCACAAGAUUCUAUUUUCAGUUGCUGGCUCCUUCAUCGUCUUAGUGAUGAAUAGGGGAUUGUUUCUGCAGUAAAGAGGGGUCUUACAUGCAUGGCCAUACACUACAGCUUUCCUAUAGGUCCUUUUAUGGGGGUGUGAAUGUGAUGAGUCACAUUUUGCACUUCUGCACAGAUGUAAUCUGCAUUUAUAUUUUAGCGAUGCAGUGUUUAUCAUGCAUUUGCACGUAUAUAAAGAAUUUCUCCCCAUUGCCAGCAAAAAGGUUAAAAUUCGAGUACUCAAAACACAGACAUCACCUGCAUUUUUAGCCAAGUUCAUUGAGGUAAACAUAAGAUUGCUAGGGGGAAACUGAGCCCAGUGUUCACGGUUACCAUCGCCAUCCAAAUGUAGACCAAUUUGGACAGGUAUUGCAGAGGUCAAAUGUAUGCAUUAUAUCACUGUGGCAGCAUAUGUUUGGGCUUUGGGUGUCAGAAUAACUCUGUUACUUGUGAAAGCACUCAAACUUGGGGGGUGGGCACUUAGUUCACGAACUAUGUGCACUGCUGUCCAACAAAUAACAUAAUCACUCUAGAACACGCUCUGUUAUAUCUUCUUUCACCUCACCCAUUAUGACUCUGGAAUUGGCUGGUUUUUGUUCUGCGGUUGAUAACUUAUAAAUAUUAAUUAUUUUGAUUGUUUAUAAUUUAUAAAACAAAAUGGUGCUGUGAAAGAUAUGCAUGUCCUGAAGGCUGGUAACUUCACCCGACAUAUAUUCCUCUCUGAUCUUAUGGUAAUGCUUAUUAACUGGUUAUUUCUGGAAUCUGCAAUCUGUUACAUAUUUUUUGUAUCGCUGCACUACAAAAAUAAUCUGUAAAAUCGGACUACACCCUAGCACAGGCAUAAGCAACCUUCGGCACUCAAGAUGUUUUGGACUACACCUCCCAUGAUGCUGUACCAUCAUUAUUGGUAUAAGAGCAUUAUGGGGGAUGUAGUCCACAACAUCUGGAGUGCCGAAGGUUGCCUAUACCUGCCCUAGCACCCUAACCACUACAAUAGAAUGCUCACUCCAAGGCUACAGAGCAGACAUCUGCCGCACGGCAAACAGAGCUGACCCUCCCCUGCUUAGUACGCUUCUGUCAAUGCAUCUGUUACACUAAAAAAAAAAAAAAAAUACAUACAUUGAAAGGGAAAUAGGGGGACAGGGCUUCAAGGUGAGAAGAGAGGUAAGAAAACUAUGGUACUCCUAACGUGUGGAGGUUCAGAUGUAUCAACAUCCUUGGUUAUGCCUUGUACAUAAAUAUUCUUGCUAUGCAGCUUAUGUUCAAACAUACCUAGGCUUUUAUCUGUAGCCUGUUUUGUUUGCUACAUUUGUAAAAAACAAACAAAAAACUCCAGACAAGCCUGCCUAUUCUGGUGGUCAAUCACUUCCGACACGAUUGCCUUCAUUGUCCCAUCCAUUCCGAUUCUUCUCUUAAGAUAGAAAUAUCUGUAGGCAAAGCAUAUAUUUUGGGUAUGUCCCAGAGUUAGGUUUGUAAGUUCACGUUCGUUGUUGGCAAGCCAGCCUCAUCUGCAGAAGCAGCAGACCAUGGUAGUGGUUCAUAUUCUGUUCUCUCAACUAGGUUAUCCAAGAGGCGUUCACUGGAGCAGGAAUAUUGGCAUAUUGAAGAGUUUUAAAAAUAUAAAUGUCAUUCUCUUUUAAUCCAUCUUGAGAAUUCGGUCUAAGGGCACAGUCAUCAUAUUCCCCAAAAAUCACUGUUGACCUUGCGUUGUUACAUUUGCCAGUCCAUGCACCCUUUGUUCCGUGUCUGUCUUGAUAACAAACUUGCUCGAUUUUCUGUUUUAGUAUAACUCUUCCUUUAUGGUGAAAAUACUCCGCAGCCAAACAUCUGAUAUUUUCAUCAGGAUUCACAAGUGAGCAAUUUCCUGGAUAAAAUUAAACUUAUCACAUCAGCUACACCUAGAACUGUGAGUCUGCAGCCCAUCCCCAUCAAUAGUUGAUAACUGCUAAGAAUUCCAUCUUCAGCAAAGCAAUCCAGAAACAAAAUUGCUGUGUUAUGUUUAUAUGCUCGCUAUGCAUCCCUUGCUUCAUAUAAAUAUUAUGCUAAUAUUUUCUCAAUCAAAAAGUGCUCAAUAGUAAAGGGACUAAAGGGCUGUUUAAACCACCAUAAACACUUCAGUAAUAAGAGUUUGUCGUGGUGGUAGAAGUCUAGAUGUAUGGUGUUCCUGCUUGAGACUGCAUAUCCAGAGACAUUUGAGGGGGCUAGUAACACCCUAGGCACAUGUGACUCUGGCAAUUAUAAAGCAUGCAUCCAAAGGAAGAAGACGGACCAAUGCAAUGCAAAACCCCAAUUCCCAUCCAAUUUAAAUGGUUAGGUUACAGUGCAUUCCAUUGCUUUUUUGUGCAUAUUUCAAUGAAAGCUUUUAUUGCAUACUAUAUCAUAGAUCCUUCUUUUUGCAGACUAUUUACCAUUUCAAAAAGAAGUAACAAUCUGCGACCACUUACUUUUGUAGGAAGAAGUGCAGGUUGUUUUAUUCCAGUGUCACAUAGGCAAUGAUAAUGCCACUAAAUGAUGGAUUUUGAAGUUUCUCAGGAGGUUAAGGUCUGUAUGUUGUCCUCCAUUGCCAUAUAUGUAUUUUUGAAAAGAGGAUUCAAAAUGUUCAGAAUUAUAAAGCAGGCUUAGCACAACAAGAUCCAGGAAACGAAGUGUACUGGUGUAGUAUGCCUCCAUUUAAUAUGUUGUAAACAUUGGUGGGUUCUUUCUCCACAUCACAGAUUUUUUCCAAUGAUUGUUUUCCAUUCAGAUAGACCAGGAGUUCAGGUAAGCUACUCCAACACCAAAGUCAGUUCAAUUUUAUGAAGGCCGAUUUGUAUGUUAAACUGUUCAGUCAAAGGUUUUUUUCAUGCUUUUAUUGAGAGACUUUCGUUGUUGUGGCUCUGUCCUCCAAGGCUGAGAUAUAGGGCCUUAAGUUGAAAUGAACCCUCAAGUCUAUGUUAUGAUCUGUUCCAAAGCUGUUUGUGGGCAAGUGUUUCAAAUUUAGAAAAUACUAUGUCCCUAACUAUAGGUAUUCUUUGUGCCAUUUCUCAAAAGACACCCACUUAGAGGAUGGUGAGUUACUGAAAAAAGUGAGUUGUGAUUUGUUUCGACAGAUUAUUAUUAUUUUUUUUAAAUUAUAAUUACCUUUGUGCAAGCAGUGUCACUUUUAUCCAUAGUGAAAUCCACUUUGGUUAGCGAAGAUGGGAUUUUUAGCCGUUGUCAACUAUUGAUGGGGAUGGGCUGCAGACUCACAUUUGUAGGUGGUGUUGAUGUUGUGAUAAGUUUAUUUUAUCCAGGAAAAAAAGGGGGGUGCCUGUGCCUUGACAGAGUGGGAAGCUAUAGUGCCCAGAAAACUAGUUCAUAUUUUAAGCCCUUUGUAUAGUGGUGUAGAAGAGUUAGUCAGUAGAACCUGUUUUCCACUUCCAAUUAAUAGUAUCAGUCACCACUGGGAGAGCAGUGAAGUCUUUGAUGCCUUGGCAGAUUUAUAGUUUGCCGCCCCGAGCAGUUAAGAUCUUUUUGGCUCCCUCCCUUUUCUUAAUGUACAGGGUGAACUUAAUGCACCUCUAAAUUAACUUUCCCUCUAAAUGUGGGAAAUAUGUGAAUGCUACUGUUUAAAAAUAAGAACAAUAAUAAUAAUUAAACUUUAGGAAACAUUUGAGUGCUCGCUGUUUGCUACAAAUCCAACACUUCUGCUGAGAUCUGGAACAAGCUAAAUUUCUCAGCCAAUUGAGGUCCUCCAAUUGUUUUCAGUGAAAGAUCUGUACAUGUUGUCUCUACUGCUUCUGUUUGCUUGCCAUGUACCUUUAAUGGCAAGACCAACCUUUUGGACAGAGGGCAUCUCUUUACCGCUAGCUAUAGGGUGGCCGUGCUCAGAACCAUACUGGCACAAAAAUUCAGCCCAGGCAUUUAAACUCAUAGUGGCUUGGUGGAUGAGAGAUGAGCAACAGAGGGGACCUUUAAAGGAAACACCGAUUACAAGCACGUCUUCCCUUCUCACCUGCCAGGGUUAACUCUACCUCUAGAGGUUGUCUACCAGACCGCCCUAGAGGGACUUCCGGGUCGUUAGGCGACUUUUGUGUAUGUAUGAGGAGAUCCAGCAUCUCUCAAAUCUCAUAGGAAAGCAUUACACAAUGCUUACCUAUGGGCAAGUCCUAAUUCACAUGCACAUUAGGUCCAUCCUGCCGGCUGCCGUUAGUAGGGGGGGAGCGGAGGCGGAGUCUGAACCAACGACAAUUGGAAUUGGCUAAAUAACAGAAGAUGUUUUUAACUCCUUCUGCACGGUGGUCAGGAUCCGCGAGGGAGGAGGCACUAGAAGGAGUUUUAGUGCCACAAAAUAACUUUGUUUUCCUGGCACUAUAGUUUCCCUUUAACUACAAUUUAUGUUAUCAUCAAUUUUGCUCCUAAUACCCCCUCCUAUGCUCACUGCUCCUUGGGCCUGUUCUAUAACCACUGUCAUGAGUUAUACCUUUCUUUGCCAACAAUUUCCUGGUUUCCCUUCAGUGACUGUUGUUUAGGUUCCCAUUUCAAGAUUCGAGAUUUAUAGGUUUGCACUCGAUAAUCAUAGUCUAUGUCGUAGUUAACGUUUUUGUCAAACCACACCAAAACCGUUUUGACAGACUUUACUGUUGCUUUUAGUCACUACACCAUAACAACUACAAUGUGUCUCUUUAGUUCAUCCAUGCAGGAGAGAAUAUUCUAGAUGGUAGGGCCCUUUGCAUGUUCACCAAAAUGUCUCGGAGUCUUGCUGUAACUUGUAUAAAGCUCUGAGCGCAAUGAUAGUUUAACUCAAAGCAAACGUCUGACUCCAUAAGCAUCAUAGGAGUUUCAAUGCCAGGUGGCCAGUGUGCUGGAGAUUGUCCAUUCCAUCCCACGCUUUACCUGCAGAGCUGCGUUUUUAUACAGCUACCCUGAGAUUGUGUACAUUUUGCAGGAAGUCAUGGGGUUAUUAUUUAUGAAGCUAUGAUUAAUACAGUAAAUCCCCUCUGAGCUAUAACUGUUGGGAUGUGGAUUACACAUAUGCUUUAGAGGCAAUUAGUGGACGAUUAAGGGCACUUUUCGCACGCUGGCAUAUGUCAAGAACUGCGCUGUAUUCAUGGCUGUAGCUUUCCACUGGUUGUUUUCCCAUACAAUAAAAUCUAUCUCAUAUUCCCAUAGCUGAUUCUAAGAAUUGGUUGUUUUUACAAGUCUGGUAGUCUGAGAUGCAUUGCCAGGGCAGGUUAUGCUAUACAACUCGUACUUAGCACUUGUACUUCUUUCAUUUAUUUAUUCAUUUAAGACGUAUUUGUGAAAGAGACUUAAAAGGCAUAAUCCAUAAGAUGUCAAGGUGAAGCUAUUGAAGGCACUGGAUAUAAAGAUAAAUAUGGGACACUCCUGGUGCCUUAACCACUAUGGCUUAUGAAAGUGGUUAUGGUACUUGCUAUAAUUUAUUUUAAUUGCAGACUUAAAAAUAUAGGGCGUUAAAUUGGAUCUCCCCCCUACAAAACAUGUCAGAGAGUCCUCGAAAUACAUUUACCAAUAAGUUAUUACACAAGUCCUGAAACAGAGGGCCUUGCGGGUGUUGCACUUUUGCAAUAAGGGCAUUUCCCAGAAGUGGUCAUCACAGAGACUGCAUUAGGAGGAAGUGUAGUAUUGGAACUUUUGCUUUAAAAAUUUUUUUUUUUUCUUUCUGUUCAUUAAACACUGUAGGCAUUAAAACAACUUCAUACCUUUGAAGUUGUUAUAGUGCCUUCAAUCCUUUAAACCCCCAAAACCCUUUAUUUAAAUAAUUAGAAGGCUUAGUAACGUGACUUCAAGACACAUCUCCAAGCCCUCUGAGUGUAAAAGCUGGUAGUUUACAUUCCCGGCUCGUAACCUGUGUAUGCGCAGUGCCUUUACAGUCGGCCAUAGAGAAUAUUUGUAUUCAAUGAUUCUGUAUAGUAGAAUCAUAGGCGCAUCGCCCAGGAGCAGUUUCCAAUGCUCCUCUGUGAGGAUUAUGAGGGGGAGGUGAGUAAUGUUUUUUUGGGGGGAGAGAGGGGUGAGGUCUUGAACUAAAUAGCCAUAUCCGAACUGCAGAGUUAGAAAUACAGAUUAUAUAUACCUAUCGCCACAGUGUUCCUUUAAGCAGAAUGUCACAUCCGUAGCACAUACAGAUAUUCACUGUAAUAUAUAGUGAUGUAUAGUGUGCAGUUGUCCAAAUUUUGAAAUGCAAACUUUCUUCAUGAAAGAAAAGUAAUUUUUAAUUUGUUCCUCCAGUAAUGAUGGAAGUCAAGCUUCUGUGGUUCCCAAUAAGCUGUUGGAAAAUACCCUCAGGACAAAGAAUGUUCUGUAUUGAAAAUAAAGCUGGUUGGAGUAAUAUUUCAAACCAAAUGUCAAAAAAUUUAAAUUAGAUACUGUUUGUUCUCCUAUGUCUCAAAAUUAUGUGUGAAAUGUACAGGGAAAAGACAUACAAGCAACACAAAUUAGAUACAAUAUGUACGGUUAAGUCAAACUACAUUUAACCUACAUAAAGGAAAAACUGCCGGGUAAAAACUACCAUGUAUUUUUCAAGGCACUAUAUAAUGUAAAAACAUUCAGGAACAAUACAAGAUACAUACUUCUAAAGCUUCCCUGGGUGUUUUUUCCCAUUCCUAACCAUAAAGAACAGAUGUAGUUUAUAAAAUAAGUUCAUUUCCGAGAGUAGUUCCACUAAUCAGUUGGGUUAAGCAUAAAACUGAUAACAAACAAAACAAAACUAGGUUCACUCUUGAAUAAUACUUAUUAGUUGUAUCCAAUUCUCUUGUGCAGGAUUAUCCAGCAGAUCCUAAAAAUCUGGAGUUUAUGAGAAAUACAGAUUUCUGUAUCAGGGUCAGUAUGAUAUUUUUUAUUUUUGUGUGUAUGUGUUUUUUUUUUUGUUUUUUUUUUUUUUAAAUAUAUAUUCAGCCCCAUAUUGUCAUGCUGGGCUACCUGAUUGACAGGACAAGGAGAUGGAAUAACACCCCACAAAUAGCUAGACAUCUGAGUCAGGGCUAGCAGAAAUUCUGUACAGACUUGGUCUUUGCAAGCUGAAAUUGAUAUCAUGUCUUGAAACAAUUAUGCUAUGUCCAUUUUAUAUUCUACACUCCCUCCCCCCCCCAAUCAUUCUGCUUUGUGUUUGUUUUUUCAGUAAUAUGGCUGAUUAUAUAUAGCAGCGAUUCUCAGUUUGGUAAUGGUUCACUUCAGAAGCUGAAAACCCUGUGGAUUUGCUGCAAGUACAGGAGCUUAAUUUUGUUUGCUUAUAUUUUAAUCUUUUAACAGGGCGUCUAUUCCACUCUGUAUCGUUCCUUUAAUAAUAGCCUGAUAACCACACUUAUUGUAUUCACUGGGUAGAUUUCUUCCCAGGCCAGUGCCACAUUUAGUAAUGUACUUUUAAUUUAUGUGCAUUCCCUAUUUACAACGCUUUCAUAAAUUACCAUUUCUUCCUUAAACCGUAGAAUAAUGGCUCUGUUCUAUUUCCAUGACAACUUCAAUGAUUCCCAAUUUGACUUGUCACAAAUGUAUUUUCCCACAAGAGCAUUUCUCCAAGCAUUGUUUUGAGGAAUAAUCUUUCGAAAUGGCACACUUAUGUGAUUGUGCAAUUUUUCAUUUGUUGAACGUGGCCAAGCCAAAAAGUUGCAGUACAGGAGGAGUUGUCAGCAUUAUGUAAAAAUCACAAAUUGUGCUUAUAGCUGCAGGAUCUCUGUGUAAUAAAAUGAUUUCUGUUUGCAUUAAUCGGAGAAGUAAGUUUAUAUCAACGUAGGGGCCCUUCUAUUCAUUAGCUCACAGUGGGUUUGCAGAAGCAAUGCUCUUACAAUGUAUUUUAAAACGUUGGAGACUCUGUUCUUGCUGUUACCUAGGAAACAUUGGCGAUCAUCCCCCAAAUCUUCCAUGCAACCUCCUAAACUUAAAGAGAAACUAGCUCAAAUAAGUUUACUGCUGUAUACAAGAAAUUCAUUUCUGUGACAUCGGAGAAGAUUUACGCUCUAUUGAAACUGGAAGGCUGGGGAACAUAUUUUCUCUUUGAUUAUAUUAGGAUAUUUAAUUAUUCAUAUUUAUACAGUUGGUAGCAUAUUCCAUAGUUCUGUGAAAACUUAAAGGCCAAAAGUAAAAACAUUUUUAGCAUUCAUGAAAUGCGUGACUUUAUACCUUUUUUUUAAUAGUUUGUAGUUUUAAAAGAACACUUUGAGGUCCAUAACCUCUGCAGCUCCCUGUCACCUCAUUGAAUGUAGCUAAACGGUUUUAGAACAUAAGACUACUUACCAUGGAACCACCGAUUGCUACUCCCCACCAUUAAGAAAACAAGGUGUACAUGGCAUUCCUAAAGCUGGCUUGGGUUUCUUGCUAUAUUAUAUUCUCAUCUAUGUUUAAUUGUGGAUUUGUAGACUUUUACAUUUAAUUUGUAGAAUGGAACCUGACAACUACGUGUUUGUCUACUUGCUUUUAUCACCACCUCACUUAAAGCCUACCUUUCGCUCACGGGCUAUAUGUUUAUGGGAUAUGUUUACCACUUAAGCGAUACAGGAUUAUAUAGGGUGCUCUCAUAUUGAAAACAGGUGGAUGGUUAAGAGUGACUGAGAGGUAUCAGCCAACUCCUUGUCUAGAUGUUCACUGCAUGUAGGCUUUCAUUCAUUUUUAUAUAGUGCAUUAAAAACAAGCAGGAAUUUAAUAAAAACUACACUGUUUUAAGGUGCAAGUUAUGAUCCGUAAUCUGUUCUACUUUUCUUUUGUUCUUUUCCUAUUUAAAUUCUAAAUAAAAUAUUAGCUGUGACACUAAGCUAACCAUUGCAAGGAAAAUAUUACAUGAAAAUAUUGUGAAUGUAAAUUUGCCUAGAGCGCUACAUCCCAAAAUAUAAUUUAAAGGGACACUAUAGUCACCAGAACAACUACAGCUUAUUGAAUUUGUUCUGGUAAGUAGAAUUGUUACCUUCAGGCCUUUUGCUGUAAAUACUGUCUUUUCAGAGAAAAUGCAGUGUUUACAUUACAGCCUAGUGAUAAUGUCACUGGCCACUCCUCAGAUGGCUGUUAAAGAUCCUUCCUGGGUCAUGGCUGCCUAAAAUGCAUCCAAACAUUCAGUAUCUCCUCCCUCUGCAUGCAGACACUGAACUUUCCUCAUAGAUAUUCAUUGAUUCAAUUCAUCUCCAUGAGGAGAUGCUGAUUGGCCAGGGCUGUGUUUGAAACAUGCUGGCUCUGCCCCUGAUCUGCCUCUUUGUCAGUCUCAGCCAAUCCUAUGGGGAAGCAUUGUGAUUGGAUCAGGCUAUCACUUCUGAUGAUGUCAGCAGACUGCUUGUUUUUCUGAGACAAGCAGCAUGCAGAGUUACAGCUGCUGGCUUGAAUACAGUAAGAUUCUGCUAUAUUUAUGGAGGCAUAAGGGGCCCAGGGGGGUAGAUGGUGGUUUUAACACUAUAGGGUCAGGAAUACAUGUUUGUGUUCCUGACCCUAUAGUGAUCCUUUAAUUAUAUAUAGUUGAUUGUGUGGUAAAAUAUUACAUGUUCACGUUACUGUAGGUGGUUAAUUAAAUCCAAUUCCAACAGCAAUACAUUUAUAAACCAUUCAUACAAUUUACAUGUAUGACUUCCCAGAUUUUAAAUUUUUUGUUAGAUUGGUGUGGUGUGAUGUGUUUAGGCAUUUAUGAGCAGAGGUUUCUGGGAGUUUGAGUUCAUUUAUCAGCUUGUUAUUGUUUCCCUGAGAAAGCUGUUACCUGAACUUUAAAUCCCAGAAACCUUUGCUGUUGAGAUAUAGAACAACUGGAGAAACACUAAAGGUUUAAGCAGAAAAUAAAGGUUAACAUCACAUACCAGCUACAGAAACCAGCAAGAAGUAAAUAUUUUAGAAUGGGAGAAAUGGGAGGGACAGGCUUAAAAUGUAGAAUACAAAUCACAAACAUCUGUGCAUUAUCCAAUAUGUCUGUGUACAGGUUAAAAAAAAAAUUUUUUUUGGUAAAAUUUCAAAUGACCAUGCUCACUUGUUUGCCAAUGUUAAAGGGAUACUCUAGGCACCAAAAAAACCUUUAAUUUAAUGAGACAGUGUUUAUUGUUUAGAUAAGGCUCUCGCAGUCUCACUGCUCAAUUUUUUUCCAUUUAAAAGUUAAAUCACGUUAUGCAGCCCUAGCCCCACCUCCCAUGCAUGUGACUUACACAGCCUCCCUACACACUUCCUGCAAAGAGUGAUCUAAUGUUUAUAUUUUCUGUGUUUCAUUUUGAACCUAUUAUCUGCUGCCCUAUAAAUAGCUUGCUAGAGCCUCGUGUGUAAUAAAAGUUCAAUUUACAGAGCAUGAGACGAACAUCUCUAAAGAAAGUUUAAUAUCUGAUUGCAAAUAAAACCUAUUUUUUCAUGCAGGCUGUGUGUCAUAGACAGGGGUAUGUGGCUAGGGCUGCAUAACAGAAACAAAAGUGAUUUAACUCAUAAAUGGUAGAGAAUUGUGCAGUGAGACUGCAGGGACAUGAUCUAUACACCAAGUUUCAUUAAGCUACAUUUUUGUGGGACAUUUUCAUAGGUGGGUUCUACUUUAACACUUCACCUUGCUGCUUUCAGCUAAAUAUCAAAAUCUCGUACUACAAAUCUGUGAUUUAGAUGUUUGUCUUUUUGUUUUGCAUUGUUAAUGCAUUUGGGCUGUUAAAUACUAAAGCUACUGCUGAUGUCCAAGAGUAGUGAAUGUUUGACCACAUAGCUGAUUUUACUGUGUUUUUAAGAUGCAGACUACAGCAAAAUAUUUGAUUUCGCAAACACCACAUAUAAUUUUAAGCAUGUUAUAAUUGAGUGGAUCCUUGCAGUAUCCCUUUUUAAGGAUCGCGUGUAUCCAGUUCCCUUGCAGCCAGCAGUUAAAUGAAGCCUGUUCUGUACUGGUUCAUGACACUGGUCAGAGUUGGCCUAGAUGGCUCAACCUGUAGUGUUAAAAGAUUUAAUAUGUCUCCAUAUUGAACCUUAUUUGUGUAAUUUCCUUCACAGGAGUCCUGCUGGGGAUCUUGGUGCUAAAAAGAAAAAGAAGAAGCAGAAAAGAAAAAAAGAAAAGCCAAAUUCUGGGGGAACCAAAUCUGAUUCUGCAUCAGAUUCUCAAGAAAUUAGAACACAACAGCCUUCAAAAGUGAGUGCAUAGCUGGUUAGCUGGUUCCUGGCUUGUCUCAGACAGACACAUAAAACACCAUAACCACUGUAGCUUAUAUAUCAAUGAAUUGAUGUUUGGAAACUCUCUCUGCAAACAAAUCGCUUAAUUCCCCCUUGCUUUUAUUUAUUGUCUGCUUAAACUCUUGCGAUAGUCAUCCCCACCUAUGUGUAAAUGCAAUGCAAAUGCACACAGAAAUGCUCUACAAACAGACUUUCUCAGUAGGAACAGUGUACAUCUGCAUUUGCAUACAUACACUUUCAGCGCACACACAGAUUAUAAAUGUGGAUUAUACACCGGCAGCUUCAUCACAGAUACACGCUGAAUACAGCACAAGCACUGUGCAUACACCGCGUACACUCUCCAUACAGUUAUUUGUCCACAUGCCGCAGUAGGGACAGUGAACAAUAGUAAAUGCAUUUAGAAACUAGUGUAUGUAAAAUAAUUUUGUUGUGUUCCCAAUACUUAUUCCGUGACUUUAAAGGCUCAGCAGGUGAGUAGGUCAUGAAGUUAUUUGCAAUGUCUCUAUCUCUGGCCAUUUGAAAUGUUGGGAGUAUGUAAUAAAACCCAACGCAUUUACUGCUCAAAGCAUUGUCUGCUUUCUGACCUUGUAGUGUGCGUAUAUGAGUUGACUGACCAUGCACCCCCAAUAUCUGAGGAUAGUUGAUUGUAAACCUCAGAGAUUGUUACUAAUCUCACCAACUGGUAACUUGAAAGAGAUUUCCAGCUGCAUAUAUGUCACAUAGAGGUUGGAAUAGGUGGCUGUAACCAGGCCUUUUUUCCUUAACAUACAUAUAAAUUUAUUAUUAUUAUAAUUGCCAUUUAUAUAGCGCCAACAGAUUCCGUGGUGUUUUACAAUAUUAUGAGAGGAGGAUUUAACUAUAGAUAGGACAAGUACAAAAAACUUAUGGGAACAAUAGGUUGGAGAGAACCCUGCUCAAUCGAGCUUACAGUCUAUAGGAGGUGGGGUGUAAAACACGAUAGGACAGGAAUUUGCAGUCAAAUAAGGUGGGAGUGAAGCAGAGCUGGAAGAGAGAGUAAAGUGUUGCCCUUUAGGAGAGAGCAAGAGACAGGUAUGUGAGGUAGAGGUUACUCUGGAAGGCCAUAAGCUUUCCUAAAGAGAUGGGUUUUAAGGCACUUCUUAAAAGAUGCAAGACUAGGGGAGAGUCUGAUGGCAGUAGGCAGGCUAUUCCAUAGGAAGGGAGCCUCCCGCGAGAAGUCCUGCAAGUGUGAGUUGGCCAUACGGGUGCGGACAACGGACAGGAGGUGGUCACAGGCAGAGCGGAGAGACCGAGAAGUGGCAUACCUAUAGAUCUGUGAGGAGAUAUGAGGGGCUAGAGUUGUUCAGUGCUUUAUAGGUACGGGUUAGCACUUUGAAUUGACUCCUAUAGCAUACAGGAAGCCAAUGUAAGGACUGGCAGAGGGGUGAGGUGUGAGAGAACCGACUAGAGCGGAAAAUCAGUCUGGCAGCAGCGUUCAUUAUGGACUGUAGCGGGGCAGUACGGCUUUUGGGAAGACCAAUCAGGAGAUUUACAUCUUGGACCUAUUAAAAUAUGGGCAGGAUUUUAUGCGUGCUUAUACAUAUUGCUUCAUGAUAUUGUGAGUGUUUUAGCUGCUGUGUGUAUAAGGCAUUUCAUUUUUCCUUGUAAAUCUGCAUUAUGAUAUGUUGAUGUGCGUGAAUGUGGGUAGAGCAAGACUGGAGUGAGUCGUGGCAGACAGACAUUGGUGUGUGUCUUUAUAGAAUGAAUGGCAAGUUUUGUCACAAGCUUUUGUAGGGGCAGAAAUGCUCCAGAAUAGCCUGUUGUGCAGGUUCCAAAUACAAAUCUCCCAAAAAUACACGCCCCAGAGAAAGUAACUAUGGACCUACACCAGAAUAGAGAACAAGAAGUAGUAUAUUUCACCAAUUCUGUUCCACUGUUUCUGGUCUGUUAUUACUUUCAUUGGUGCUUAGACUAUCCCUUUAAUAUUUAUAGUGCUUGGUGUGUUAUUUUGGUAACUGAUUUUUUUUUAAUAUGCAACUUCAGCUCUAGUUUUCUCAAAGCAAAUCAUUUUUGUGCAUUUAAUUUCAAUAUUGAAAAUUAAGCAUUGUUAACCUGCUAAACCCCAUGCUUACACAUGUGCUGGAAUGAGCAUUGAUUGACAGGACAAUAUAUAUUGUGUUUGAUUCCUGCUCACAUUUGAUCUGUCACAAGAUUUUCUCUUAUUUAAUCUUUUAUUAAACUAAAGUUGAUUUGUUUUUUCAAUUUCCUUUGACUAGCCAUCAUUUAGCAAUGACUAUGUAUCUCUGUUCAGCAGCGUCCCUUAAAGGGACCCUCUAAACACCAAAUCCAUUACAUCUUACUGUAAUGGUUUAGGUGCUAAGACCCAGUAACUGCACUAUGGCAUAUUUAUUUAUUGCCGUGUUUGAGAAACGGCCAUGUUUACAUUAGUCAAUCAAACCGCUACUAGAGUCACUUCCUUGUGAAGAGUUUGACCUAUUGAAGGCCUUCAAGUUGGGCAUCCCAGUUCUUCUUUGUGAAAAGCACUGCAUUCAAUGCUUCUUUCUUCAUUGAGUGUGGCAAUUGCGGCACACACGCUUUAGUGCCCCAAUGCUUCACUAUGAGAAGCAUUGGAUUAGCCCAAGAUGAUCUGUCAGGAUGAAGUACAGCUGCCCGCCGAGACCAGGGCGGACGUGACCAAAAGGUUUUAAAGUUUCCCUCAAUGCACUGUUUAUUGGACUUGCCUGCAGCUAAAGGUAGACCCUUCCAGAGAAGAGACUUGCAUCCUAUAAACUCUGCACUGCAUGAUUAGUGAAACUACUCUGUAAAGUGACAGCAGCCAUACCACAGUUGCUAUCAAGUUACCCGUAGUCCCUUUCACUGGACAGGACAGUACACACAGUCAUUAGUGCUGCAACAGAAUAGCACUGCUGAAAAGGGGCUGUGACAGCUUCCCAUGCAGGCAGCCAUACUGCCAAACUCCUCAUAGAGAUGCCCAUGUGCGUAGCACAAUUGAAGCAAUCUGUGUGGGCAGAAAAGCUCUGAAGCUAUUUUUUUUUUCCAAUGCUACACUUAAUGGGGAUUUUUCUAUGUUCCUCUUUAAGACAAUCUCAUUAAACGUGUUACAGUUGAGAGGUAUGAUUCACCUAUCUUACCAGGUUACAGUAAAGAGAGCUUCCAAGAAUGUUCAGGAUCCAGUGUUCCAAGGCAGGAUGCUGACAUUUGUGGUCCAUGUCAUCACGUUUUAGAAUAGACUGCAUAUUUUGCAGUUUCAAGGAAUAAGUCUGCUGUCUUCGUUAUGCUACUUCUUAUCAUCCAGCCUAUUUAUCAAUCAUUUUAAACUAUGUUGUUCCGGGUGCAGUUUUUUGGAGAAGGGGUCACUGAGUGCGUCAGGUAUAUUAUUAUAUAUCAUUUGAUGCUUAUUGCAGAAUGUUGUCUCCUGUUCAGAAUCCUCCCUUUCUCUGAUUUAUAAUGUUGCUGAAAGGGUAUAAAUGCUUCUGCUUUUAUUUUACCCUUUUUUUAAAUAUUAUCUUUACUGUGAGAAGGAGCAAAGAAUGAAGCACAGUUAAAGCGGAAGAAUAGAUUCUCCUGGGAGCAAUGUAAACUGUUUCUGCAUAAUUCUAGAUGCAUGUUGCCAUUUUAUCUUAAUGCUGACGUGCCUUGUUUGUUUGUGCCAGAACAUUGAUAAAUGACAAAGGGCGCCUCCUCGUCAAGGCCUUCAGAAUGUCACCUCUUCGUCUCCGAGGGUUUGUGCACAGCAUUGAGCUAGUGUUUAUGCUGAGCAUCUCUGUUGCGUGAAGGACACUGUGAUGUAAGACAAUUUUGUGUCUGUUUAGUUGUUUGAUUUUUAUUUUUUUUCCUUAUUCUCUAUUGGAAUUUCAAUACGUAUUGCAAUACGUGGGCCCUGAUUAUUAUUACUGGGUUUGUUGUACAUAUUACCUAGAGCAGCAGUCGGUUGCCUUACUUCAGGUGGAGAUACCAGCAACGUGCCCUACAUCCCAAAAUUUCAAGUGGUCAGAGAAAGAAGUGUUUCUAUGACUGCAGGAAUAUAAUAUUGCUGCAGAUUUCUAAGUAAGGUCUAUCAACUAAUGUGCUGAUAGGCUGUGUCUGCACAGACUUAUUUAUUCACGCAUUUACUUUAAUACACUCAGGAUUUUUUGACAUUCAAAUGUAAUGAGAGCUUGGCUAGACUACCGCAUACCAGUGAUGUAAUGUGCUCCCUGCUGGGCUGCCAACCAGUGCUGCAGAAGUGCUGCUGCAUGGACUGAAAUCAAGUUGUGCUCAUCCACACUGGAAAUCCCUGCUGAAUCCCGCCAUAAGCACCGGGCAACAUUUUAACGCCCCCAAAGCCUGACCCUGCGGCUUGCCAAAGAUAGUUUGUGGGGUCAAAAUAUUGCCAAGUCCCCCUUAUGGCAGUGACUAAAUAAUGUAUCCAGUACAUAAUUCCAGUGUGGCAGAGGAUGAUUUCUUUUAGCGAGGUUAUAGACCCAGGUCCUUCUUCAAGCACUGGCCUGGUAAGUGCCGGUGUGCUAAUGGAAUUUUAUUAACAAUGGCAGCUACUAGCAUCUUUAAUGAUGUGCUUUUUUUAGUAUUAAUUUAUGUUUUUUCUUUGACACAUUUCCACAUUAACGCUAAAAGAUUCUUAUUCGAUACGUCUUCUCUUGGAUUUCAUUGCUUCCUUUUGACACUGAUCACCAGAUACUUCCCAGCGGAACUACACACAUGCAUACAUACUCUGUUACUAAUUCUGAAAGUUCACGUGACAAAAGACUCACCUGCUGCCCUGGCACCUAAAUAGAACACCUAUCUGGUGUGAUGCCUACCUACCCCCUUACUAUUGGAUACACACGUCACUUUUAUUCAGUGAUUCUUUCUGUGUUUUGUAGUGUUCCUCUGCCAUUUGUGUCCUGCAGAGACCUGUUGCUGCCCAUCCCUGCUGCUUGUUUUUUGAACUGAAAUAUAUUAUCGUGUUGCCAGAGAUAUGCUAUUGACAGCAACAUUUUUCUAAACUCUCCUAAUCUUUUUCCCCUCUCACAUAUGUCACAAUAUGUAUUUGUAAGAUUUCUACUUUUAACUUUUGGCUGUUUUAAAGGGAUUCUAUAGUGUUAGGAAUACAGAGUUGUACCUCUAACACUAAAGUGCCCUGUGGUCCUUUCCCCCUGUGUGGCACGUAAAGGGUUAAAAACCAUUUAUUUAAUCAACCGAUUCCAGCAUCGAUCUCCCUCAGCACUGGGUAGGCACUCCAUCUCAUCUGACAGGGGACCUAAUUUUGCGGACGCGGCUAGCGCUGUGAGCACAUUAGGUCCUCCCCAUUGAAUAAAUGCUUUCCUCUGGGGAUUUCACUCACGCACGCUGGAUUUCCUCAUGCAGAGCGGAAGGACGUCCAGUGUUAAGGGACUCGGAGUCUGCUAGAAUCUGAUAGAAAGCCGCUAGAGGCAGUCUUAGUCCUGCAAGGUAAUUAUUGCAAUUUCUCUAAACCUGUAAUGUUUGACGUUGCACCCAGACCGCUUCAAUAAGCUGAAGAGGUUUGGGUGCCUAUAGUGUCCCUUUUAACAAUGUCCUGACAUACUCGCUAUGUCCCCAACCCCAGCCUUUAAAAAAAAAAAAAAAAAAAUUAUAUAGUGUUGAAUUUGUAAGGCACUAUAUAAAUGUUCGGAAAAAAAAAAAAAUCUUCCUUGUAUAUGUGAAUAAAAAACAAAAGGUCAUGCCCCUUCUAAUAAUGAGGAAACACAAUUAAAUAAUAGAUUAAGUGCCACAUGUGCUAUCUAACCUAUUAGUUGCCAAGGACGUGUACUGACAGUUGGCAACACCUGGUCCACGACCACCAAGAAGAACCAUAUGUAGCAUUCAAAUUAACCUCCUUUACCCUAUUAAUUAUUCAUUCAAUGACCUAUCUCCCUGCCUCCUUACUAAACAUGUUGUAUGCAUUAUUGAUCAGUCAGAGUUCAGAAGCUUGUUGGAAAACUGCGAAGGACACUCUGAUAUUGUCAGUCACGCAUUUUUCAAAUGUCACAGUAUACAACAAUGUAAUGUGUGUGUGUGUGUGUGUGUGUAUGUAUAUAUAUGCAUUUAUAUAUAUAUGUGUGUGUGUGUGUGUGUGUGUAUGUAUGUGUAUAUAUAUAUACACACACACACACACUACCAUUCUUGUUAUAUAGACUAGCAUUUUGUUCUGUUUGCAUGUCCAUCUUCUUAACGUUUUUGGGCAGAACUAAAACUUUGACCAUAUUGACAAAAUGGAAUAAAAAGAGUUUACAUGUAUGAAGAGAAGAUACAGAGCACGCUGGUUUUUACAUUGGCUAUUUAGAGGGCUGUGUUACGUUUUUGAUGAAGUUUGUGUAAUUUUCUAUUAACUAAAAUGUCUGUUCCUGACAGGUUUUCUUUGCUAGUAAACUCUCUUCAAUCAGGACAGUUGUUGCAGGAUAUUAAUAUUUAUUGUAACAGUAAGAAUGUUCAUAUAACAAUGAGUUAUGCUGUUACACACAUCUUGUCUUGUCAUUCAGCUGGGAAGCAGUGUUGUAAAUUUGUCAUUUACGGGUUUUGUAUUUAUGACAGGACAGUUUAAUGGCUGUUUUUGUUACCUCAGGCUAUACGAAGCACUGAGCUAAAGCAAUUACAUAACGUGUAUGCGCGAUACGUAACUGUGAACUGCGCGUUAUGGGAAAAUAAUGCGUUGCAUUGACUGAUCGUUGAGACGUAAUCAAACCGAUAGAGCAAAUGUCGAUCUUUUUAUAUACAUAAUUUUUCCAGAACUUUAAGAUAACAUUCUGUUCACAUGUACUAUGUGGAUAUAAUGUUAUCUUGGAGUUCUGGAGAGGUUGCGUAUAUAAAAACCUCAACGGUUUGGUCUGUUGCGUGCUUCACUUUUAUGUAUCUUAUCACAAGAUAUGUUUAGGUUUAGUGUACGUGUUAAGGUAGUCUAAAAGUUAAUAGUUGGCAUUCUGGUAGUGUAGGAGUUAAUGUUCCGUGAUCAUGUAGUGAUGGAGUUAAUGUGUAGUAUGGAGGUUAAAGGGACACUAUAGUCACCUGAACAACUUUAGCUUAAUGAAGCAGUUUUGGUGUAUAGAACAUGCCCCUGCAGCCUCACUGCUCAAUCCUCUGCCAUUUAGGAGUUAAAUCCCUUUGUUUAUGAACCCUAGUCACACCUCCCUGCAUGUGACUUGCACAGCCUUCCAUAAACACUUCCUGUAAAGAGAGCCCUAUUUAGGCUUUCUUUAUUGCAAGUUCUGCUUAAUUAGGAUUUUCUUAUCCCCUGCUAUGUUAAUAGCUUGCUAAACCCUGCAAGAGUCUCCUGUAUGUGAUUAAAGGACCACUAUAGUGCCAGGAAAACAUACUCGUUUUCCUGGCACUAUAGUGCCCUGAGAGUGCCCCCACCCUCAGGGACCCCCUCCCGCCGGCUCGAGGAAGGUGUUAAAAUCUUACCUUUCUCCAGCGCCGGGCGGGGAGUUCUCCUCCUCUUCGACUGAAUGCGCAUGCGCGGCAGGAGCUGUGCGUGCAUUCAGUCAGUCUCAUAGGAAAGCAUUCAUAAUGCUUUCCUAUGGACGCUUGCGUCUUCUCACUGUGAUUUUCACAGUGAGAAGCACGCAAGCGCCUCUAGCGGCUGUCAAGAGACAGCCACUGGAGGCUGGAUUAACCUAUUUAUAAACCUAUCAGUUUCUCUGAAACUGAUAGGUUUAUAAAAAAAAAAAAUGGGUUAACCCUAGCUGGACCAGGCACCCAGACCACAUCAUUAAGAUGAAGUGGUCUGGGUGCCUAGAGUGGUCCUUUAAAGUUCAAUUUAGAGCUUGAGAUACAAUUAUUUAAGGUAAAUUACAUCUGUUUGAAAGUGAAACCAAUUUUUUUUUUCAUGCAGGCUUUGUCAAUCAUAGCCAGGGGAGGUGUGGCUAGGGCUGCAUAAACAGAAACAAAGUGAUUUAACUCCUAAAUGACAGUGAAUUGAGCAGUGAAAUUGCAGGGGAAUGAUCUAUACACUAAAACUGCUUUAUUUAGCUAAAGUAAUUUAGGUGACUAUAGUGUUCCUUUAAGGGAAGAUCUUUCUUGUCCCAGUGUUGCCUGAGAUUAGUAGGAGUUUCAGUCCUGGCUGCUCUCAUUCAUUUGUCAGCAGGUGCCAGUCACUUAAUAUUGACUUGCAUUAGCCAGUGCUGUACAGGACAGAUGUACAGUUUGAUAAUUCCUGCUUUUGUCUGGCAUUCUUGUAGAAAUUGGCAUUAUGCAUACUUCUAUCUAUUUGUCUUGUUCUUGGUGCACUUGACUAGAUUAAUUUUUUUUAAUGAGUUUUUAUGGAACUCUAUUCUAUUUCUUGCAUAAAUAGGAAAGGCUUUGUAGAAUGUGGCAUUCAGUUUACAAAUGUUGCUAAUUAAGUCCUUGGUUUUAGAUUGUUGGUAACGUUUUUCAAAUGAUUUCAUAUUUUGUAGUAUGUAGUAGUUUGUAGUAAUAUUACAAAAUAUAUAUUAAUUUUAAAAGUUUAUACAACUUUAAUAAAUUGAGGCUUAAAGGGACACUAUAAUCAACAAAACUACAGCUUAAUGUCUCUGCAGGCUUUUUAAUAUAAACACUCUGCCUUUUUAGAGAAAAGACAGUGUUUACAUUGCUCCCAAGGGACACCUACAGUGGCAGUCACUCAGAUGACCACUAGAGGGACUUCUUGGGUCAGUGCUGGAUGGAGACGCUGAACUUUCACUGUAGAGAUGCUUUCUACUUAUUUAAGAUGGGCCUGUGGGGGGGCUAAAUAAUGCUUUUAACACUAUAGGGUCAGGAAUAUAAAUUUCUUUUUAUUUUAUUUUUUGCAGAAUCCAGCCAUUCCAAUGCAAAAGCUACAGGAUAUUCAGAGGGCAAUGGAGCUGCUUUCUGCAUGCCAAGGACCUGCGAAGAACCUUGACGAGGCAAGCAAACGUAAAUACCAGUUUUGGGAUACACAGCCUGUACCCAAACUUAGUAAGUUGGCACUGGGGUACUUGCAGAUACGAUAUGUGCUUAUCUUGUGCUAGUUCUAUUUCCCCAUAUAGUUUCCUUGUAAGAACAUGGCCAUCUUUUACAUGUUACAGUUGCGUAGUCAUAGCCCUCUUGCAAGAGACUUAAUUAAAAAAAACAAACGAAAAUAUUUUUAAACAGUGCUUAGGAGGCCUGCAGGUUCGAUAUGCAAGUGUUACGACAGUAGGAGCUGGCAACUUUAGCUCAAAAUCAGAUUGUGUGUUGAAAUCUCAGUGAAUCUUUUGAGUAGAAUCGAUUUCCUCACCUGGAGGUAAUUUGUGUGUUUUUCAUUACCUGGUGUUACCUCAUCAUUCUCUCUACCGCCUCUCUCUACCUCCCAACAUUUCAGAUUGACUUAGAGGGACACUUUAUGUUCAGGGGUGUGAGUGGGAGUGUAGCCGUGGUGUUUUGAGAAAUUUUAGGGGUCUUGCUUAUUAACGAUUUAGGCAAUUAAAAUGUAUUUUAGAACAAGAUCAGUUUACCUUAUCGAUGCAGACUGCUUUCUAAACACAUUUAUUGUAGUCUAAAGGCACAUUACUGUGAGUAUUAUUGCUGUGAAGCUACACACUCAGCUACACACUCAGACACACCAACAAUAUGGAGCUCCUAGAAAAGAUGGACAGAAGGAUUUUGGUCCAAUAUAGGGACUGUCCCUCCAAAAUAAGGACACUUCGGAGGUAUGAUCUGUGUAUUUGCAUUAAAAGUUCCGUGAAGCAAAGUUUGUUUUUUUUUCUUAGCAAAUUAAUAGUUUUAAGUUUAGUUUUUUUGGGUGAAUUUCUUUCCUGUUUGGGAUCGUGGGAGGGCUAACGCAAUACCAAUGAAAUGUGUUUUAACCUUAAGGUGACUAAAGGUCAUUGAGAAAGGUCAGACUGAUGAGAGAGGAAAUGUCUAAGCACAUUGUAAUGUGAAUAUCUAUCAUCCUUCUCAGAUUUACACUAAGUAAGUCAUACGGCGUGACAUAUUCAAUAUCUCCGGCAAGGGGAAUGGGAUGAACAAAGUGUGGCAGCAUGUGCACCUAACCACAUUCUGUGCUUGGUUGGUACAUCAGUACAUUUAUAUAGAACAUGUUUUACAAAAAGCACAGUUAACACGGUUACUGAAAAUAAAAUAAUGGAAAACUAUAUUUUUUUUAUUUUUAAUCUUAAACCCUUUGAACAAUCAUGUGAAGCUUACAUCAACUCUUUCAUUGCUAAUGCUUUGUAAUACUAAGGCAGGCAAUGCAUGUUAAGACUUUUAGGUCCAGGGUCUUAAAUAUAUGAACAAAGUUUCAUAUGGUAUUUACACUGAUCAGCCACAACAUUAAAAACAUACCAUUGAUUAUAUAGUUACAAUGGCACCUGUCAAGGGGUGGUAUAUAUUAGGCAGCAAGUGUUCAGUCAGUUCUUGAAUUGUGUUGGAAGCAGGAACAAUGGGGAAGAAAUAAGAACUGAGCGACUUUGACAAUGGCUAAAUAGUGAUGCCUGGGAGCAUUUCCUAAACGGCAAGUCUUGAGGUGUUCUCGGUACGCAGUGGUUAAUACCUAUCAAAAAUGGAGCAAGGAAGGACAACUGGCAAACCUGCAUCAGGGUCAUGGGCGCCCAAAGCUCAUUACUGCAUGUGGGAAGCGAAGGCUAGCCUAUCUGGUUUGACCAGGUGGAUGGCUAGGUGCCUAUUUUUCAUUUACCUAGGGAAGCUGGGAAACCUUGAGUCCUGACAUUCAUGUGGAUAUUACUUUGACAUGUACCACCUACCUAGAGAUUUCUGCAGACCACCCCUUCAUGACAAUGGUGUUACCUAAUGGCAGUGUCCUCUUUCAGCUAUUUACCGGUAGCUAGAUAAUGCACCUUGCCACGUUGCAAAAAUUGUGGCAAAGAGUUCAAGGUGUUGCCUUGGCCUCCAAAUUCCCCAGAUCUCAAUCCAACUGAGCCUCUGUGGGAUGAGCUGGAACAAAAAUUCCAAUCCAUGUAGGUCCCACCUCCCAACUUGCAGGACUCCUGCGAAUGUCUUUCUAGUAUCUCCCUGGAUGACUGACCGAGCUUUAUGGGAUGCAUGAUACACUACUGCUUCAGAACCACAUAUUGGCAAUCACUGCUCUAUAAAGUAUGACAGUGAUCAAAAUCCAUAUUUCACAUCUUGAAAACAUAACGGUCUGUUCUGAAGUACAUUCAGAUCUCUGUAAACAUUGGCUAUGGUUUUAAUGUGUUUAUUUUUAUUUUUUUAUUUAAAUAUUCUAAUUUACACUGUUCGUCUGGCUGUCUUGUUCAGAUGGGACAUACCAUGCAAAUUAAUUUAAUAUAAGUGCCGGAUCCAUGGGGACAUACAGCACAUUGCAAAGAAAUACCAGAGUGUACAGUCUCUUCUACAAUAUUUCUCUGCAUAUGGCUAGCUUAACAUCAGUGUUUCUCGAGCAUCAUGGGUUGACGACAUUACCACGAUCAGGGAAGAGCUGUCGUUUUAUACUUCCCUCCACUGCCCUGCUAUGUGCUUCAAUAGCGUUUACUUUGUGAGGGAAUGAGGAAGUCUCACUGCCAGAGAAGUCACAGUUUCACUUUUAAAGGGACACUAUAGGCACUCAGACCACUUCAGCUCAUUGAAGUGGUCUGGAUGCAAUGUCCCUUUUGCACUAAUUGCUGCAAUGUAAAAUAUUAAAUUUUUAGAGAAACUGCAAUGCUUACCUUGCAGCACAAAGUCUGCCUCCAGUGGCUGUCUACUAGAGGCGCUUCCUGGAUUCCAACAGACUUUUGGUCUGGUAGCAGACGCUGGAAGUCCUCACGCUCUGGUGGAGGUGCGAGGGAGUUGAUAGCUUUGUAUCCCUGGCACUAUACAUAUCUACAUUAUCUGUGAAUGCUAAUGUAUUUCCUUAUGUUAAUAAUUGGCUAGGAAAUCUAGAAUAAUGAGCCAUAUGCUCUGUUUGCAUUUUUUGUUUAAACUCAAACUCUGGCAGAUAUUUUAGGUUUUUCUGUGUAUUGAUAUAAUUUUUUUUUUUUGUGUAUUAUGUUGGUGCUUUAUAAUUUCCAGUAAUAUAUGCAGACUUAAAGAUGUUCUCAUGCCUACUUUUUUCUUCUAUAUGAAAAUAUGCUUCCAUUUGGUAAACUUUUUUUUUAUUAAUUAUAUUAUUUAUUUUUCCACUGUAUGCUAGAGGCUACAUGGCUACUCUGCAGCAUAUGUGUUCCAUUUAUCACAGGCCAUGUAGCUGACAUAAUCUCUGAGAUGGGUUGAAAUUUCCAGUCCAAAAGAAAACUUGUCACAUUCUUACCCCAUGAAUAUAUAGUCUCUUCGUGUUCCUUAGCACAAUGUUGUUUCAUAUAGACACAAACAAAUUAUUACCCAAUGGCCAAAUGAAUACAGCUUCCUCAGUAGAUUACAAUACCUUUUUUUUGUGUCCCAAAAUAUUAAGUUCAUAUUUAAGACUUAAUGGUUUCUUCUUCAAAGUUUAUAACUUAAUGUAAAAAAAAAAAAAGACCUUGCUAUAAUUGUAUAGCUGAAUUAAACAUUUCAGAAAUCUCAGAUUAAUAUUUGACCAGCCUUCACUUGGAGAAAAAGUCCAAGUAAUCUUUUUACGUGGGUAUGAUUUAGGAAAGUCUUAUAGCCAUUUAACCCCUUAAGGACCAAACUUCUGGAAUAAAAGGGAAUCAUGACAUGUCACACAUGUCAUGUGUCCCUAACGGGGUUAAAGUCAUCUUUUUUGGCUUCCUGGUCCCCCAGUUAUUCCCAUGGAAAUGCCUUUGUGUUUAAAAUGAUUUGGCUUUUUUGACCUAUAAUAGAAAUAAAAACUUGAACAAACACUACCUGUUGGUUUAAGAAGAUCUCAUGUUUGUAUGACUGUUACAUCACAACUGCAUCUAGCAACACCUGAGACUAUUUCAAUUGUAUUGCCAAACACUUAAACCGUGUGCAUACCUGGAAAUUCGCUGAAAAAAAUCCAUGAUUUGUGAACACGUUAAACCUAAUCGGAUACCAGUAUCAAGAUAAUCACUCUGUCUUUGGCUCUGCAUGUCGCCAGCCAAGUUGAGGGUUUUAAGGGCACAAAGAAGUAGUUACGAGAUGUCACUUUAAUGUCUGUCAAUCAAGUUCAGCCUUUCUAACAUAUGUUUUUGCUAUUGAUCCAAAAGAAGGCAAAAAAUCCAUUCUAAAGCGCUUCCAACUUUGCAACAAACUAGGAAAAAAUCCUUCUUGACCCCAAAAUGACAGUCCGAUAUCUCCUUGGAUCAAGAAGGUAUUACCCCACUAAUUAGAAAUUAUAUCCCUGUAUAUUACGGUUUUGCAAUUAUUUAUCUAAUUACUGUUUAAACAUCUGUAUGGACUCUGAUAAAACUAACUCUUUAGGCAGAGAAUUCCACAUUCUUAUUGCUCUUACUGUCAAAAAAAAAAUAAAAAUUUCUUGCCUUAGACUAAAUCUCAUUUCUUCCAGUCUAAACAGACUCUCAUCACCCCUCAAAAAAAUAAAGCUUUGCAGGUGCAGUCAUUUUCCUGUUAUGACAAUUAUUCAUAAUAAAUAUUUUUUUCCACUUUUAUAUUAGACGAAGUUAUAACAUGUCACGGCCCUAUUGAGCCUGAUAAAGACAACAUUCGCCAAGAGCCAUACUCUCUGCCUCUGGGUUUUAUGUGGGAUACACUGGAUUUGAGCAAUGCUGAGGUGGUAAGUAAAAUUAAUCAUAAAAAUGUAUUUAAAUUCUGUGUGUGUGUGUAUGUGUGUAUGUAAUCAUUUGUCUGCACAUAAUUCUGACACUUAAAUCAAGGGAAAAAUAGAGUGAAAACAAAUGGAUGUACAUUUUUUAAAAAUCCCAAUUGUUAAAGAAGCAGUUAAGGCAUGCCAUUAAAGACAUUGGUGGAAACACUUGUCUUCAAUGGAGUAUCAUUAAAAACAAAUGUUUCCACCACUAACUCACCCUUUGAAGAAAAUAGAGAAAUAAUUUUUUUUUGUGUAAUUGUGAUAUAUUUCAGCUAUUUGUGAACACACAGGCAAGUUCCUUCUUUAUACUUUGAAGCUCACUGGCUUCUUUUAAAUGUUCAACAACAAAUGUCAUUCAAUCUCUGUGACGGUCUUCCUGCCUAGGCUGUGAUUACAGCUACAUCACUUCAAUUCAAACAGUAGUUGGCCUUUCUCAAUUGUUUGGAACAAUUAAACAAAUCACCAAAUUGAGAUGUUUGCCUAUUGAAUUGAACUUUGAUUACACAGGAGGCUGCUGUUGGCUCUAGCCAGCAAUUAACAGAGCAGAAGAUAAAUUCUAAAAUAAACACAGUGCAGUAUAUGAAGGUAAAAAAUUAGAGCUCUUUUUCAGGAAGUUUUUCAUAAAGAAAGUGACUUAAAUCCUAAAUGGUAGAUAAUUGAGUAGAUAGACUGCAGAGGGCAUGCUUUAUACACCAAAACCACUUAUUAAAGCAUAAGUUGUUUUUUUUUAUUACAUUGUUAUAUAGCUGAAAAGAGAUGUUCAUCCCUAACGUUUAGCCCUCGUCACAUAUGUUUUUGCUGUUGAUCCAAAAGAAGGCAAAAAAAAAAAGUCUGAAGUGCUUCCAAUUUUGCAAUAAACUAGGAAAAAAUACUUCUUGACUCCAAAAUGGCAGUCUGAGAUCUCACUGGAUCAAGAAGCUAUUACCCCACUAAUUAGAAAUUAUAUGCCUGUAUAUUAUGUUUUUGCAAGUAUUCCUCCAGUUGCUGUUGAAACAUUUGUAUAGACUCUUGAUAAAACCACCUCUUCAGGCAGAGAAAUAUGCAUCCAUAUUGUUCUUACUGUAAAAAACAACAACUUUCCUUUGCCCUGGACUAAAUCUCAUUUCUUCCAGUCUAAAUGCGUGCCCUCGUGUUCUAUGUAUAGUCCUGUUUAUGAAUAGAUUUUUUGGCAGUGGUUUGUAUUGGCCCCAAAUUAAUUUGUAAAAUGCUAUCAUAUCCCCUCUGAGACUUUUUUUGUUUUCAAACUAAAGAUAAAAAAAUAUUUUAGUACUGCCUAGCAUAACAAACAAGAGUACGUAGACAUUUUGCAUGAAUAUAAAUGCCAAGAAAAUGGUGUAUACAUAGCUUGGAAUAUUGUACAAAAUACUGUACUUUUUGUUGGAUAAUUAAAAAAGACAGUAGGCGCACAAUUCUAUUUAGGAUAAUCUGAGAGAGAAUUAGAGAAGCUGUAUAGAUUCAAGAUAUAUAAACCACUGAAUGAAUUAACUUCGGUAGAAGCUGAAUAGGGUCCUAUAACAGCAAAACAGCCUAGACAUGGAGAGGAUAGAUACAUAGAAUGAUGUCUACUAACUAAUUGUGGUCCACUCAGCAUGUUUAAGGUCAUCCAGAAGUCAGGUCACUUUAUGUUUAUGUUGUGCUCUUGUGGGUUCCAAAUGCUAAAUAUACUGCAACCAAAACAUUCUGACGUCGAGUUUAUUUAUCUGUAGGUGACAUAAGUAAAACUGUUUGUAUUUUUUUUCUCUCACCAGUUGAAAGAAUUGUACACUUUGCUUAAUGAAAAUUAUGUUGAGGAUGAUGAUAACAUGUUUCGAUUUGACUAUUCUCCUGAGUUUUUACAAUGGUGAGUAUGCAGUCUGCAGUGACAUUAGCAUUAAAACCACACUGUGUUGAGCAAAACUUGAGAUGAUAUGCAUGGCUAAUCUAUGAAUUUUCAUUUCAUGACACCAUGCAAUAAUGGGUACUUAACAUGUAAACCCAGAAACCCUUGGUAUGCUGUUGCAACCACAUACUGUCUGCAACUGAAAUACAAGAUACAUUCAGAUGAAUGUUUUUUUUGUUUUUUUUAAAUCUUUAUUUAACUUUUUUAAAGAUUUUAGGUAACAGUAAUAUUUCACAUCACAAUAGAGACAAAAUUAAAGGACCACUAUAGGCACCCAGACCACCUCAGCUUAAUGAAGUGGUCUGGGUGCCAGGUCCAGCUAGGAUUAACCCUUUUUUUUAAAUAAACAUAGCAGUUUCAGAGAAACUGCUAUGUUUAUAAUAGGGUUAAUCCAGCCUCUAGUGGCUGUCCCAUUGAGAAGAUGCCAGCGUCCAUAGGAAAGCAUUGUGAAUGCUUUCCUAUGGACUGGCUGAAUGCGCGCGCUGCUCCUGCCGCACAUGCGCAUUCAGCCAAGGAGGAGGAGAGUCCCCCGCCCGGCGCUGGAGAAAGAGGUAAGUUUAACCCCUUCCACCCCCUAAAGCCCGGCAGGAGAGGGACCCUGAGGGUGGGGGCACCCUCAGGGCACUAUAGUGCCAAGAAAACGUGUGUGUUUUCCUGGCACUAUAGUGGUCCUUUAAGUUUAAAAUAUCAAGGAAGUAAUAUAACUCAAAACAUAACCCUAUUCAGUAAGGUUUACAGUUUGUGAACGUAUACUGUAACAGUCCUGGUAAGUUCCCUUUCCACGUCUCCCCUGUUAAUUUGUGAGUGGGAUAUGGAACUCACAUUUCAAGGAAAAUAUAUUGCUCAACAAUGUGGCAGAGGCCAGCUGAGCCGGAGUAUACCCUCGUUAAGCACUGUCUCUCAUCGAUUUUUUUUUUUUUUUUUUUUCUGUCGGAAUACAAGGACUUAACCACUUUAAUUGAAAUUAUAUCCCAAUACAUAUAUUGAGUCUAGAGAAAUACAAUAAGGAUGUCAAAAUCAUCUUAAGAAUUAUCAACAGGAGAAAGGCUAUAAUUCUAUCAAAUGCUAAAUAUGUAGAACAUGGGUACUUUGGCUUUUUUCUUACUAGUCAUAAACCAGUAAGUGUAUGCACUUACCUAGUCUUCAUUCAGGAUGUGGAAAAUUAACGAGGGGAUUGCAGGCAAAAUAGCUGAUUGGAAAACAUACGGAGUUAAGCUAGCUUUUCCACUACAACGUUAUGAUUGACUUACUUGUUUACUCACACUUGUUACAUUUCUUCUAUCAGUUAUGAUGUUAGGUAAAUUGGGGGAUUUAGCUAAACUGUGAACAUUUGAAAAGAUGAAUGGGAUAUUAAUUGAACUACACUCUGGGAGUUGUGGAGUGCAGAUAAAAGAACUGCAAAUUUAGGCCUACAGAGUGAACCCGUAAAAUUUGCUUUGGAUAAUUUUAACAGUGUUUGCCUAAAAUGUGCAAUUGUUUAAUUUCAUCACAUUUCACAGUAUAGUGAAUAACCUCAUCUGUUUACAAUGACCAUAGAAGGUGAAACAGAUGCUUUGCACUGGUUAAUGUAACAAGGAGCCAGUUAAACAAUAAAUAUGGUGAUCUCACGAUUUAGUCAGGAAAGGUAAUGUAAUUUCCUUUUCUAUAACUUGUUUUAUGUUUUACAGGGCGCUGCGUCCUCCUGGAUGGUUAUCCCAAUGGCACUGUGGCGUCAGGGUUUCCUCUAACAAGAAACUAGUGGGUUUUAUAAGUGCGGUUCCUGCUAACAUUCGUAUUUAUGAGAAGUAAGUCCUGUUUUUCACUUAUUACAAUCUGUUAAGAAAUCAGUUAUUACGUGACCGUCACGGUUUAUAAUCUAAACAGAUUAGGUUCUACUGGACUUGAUAUUCUAGGGAAGAACUCUAUAGCUUUCUGUAUAUGUUGACUGCCAAAAUGUCAAUGGCCACUGCAAAAAUAAACCGCAGUACACUUCUUAUGGGUUAUUCACUAAGAGUUAGAAUUUAAAGUGAACUUCAAAUUUAAGGGAAAAAUUGCCAAACAGAAAGCAUAGGUAACAGAGAAUGUUUAUAGUUUGGCUAUUUUGACCUUAAAUUUGAAAUUUACUUUGAAUUCUCACUUUAGUUAAUAACCAUGUUAGAGGUGACAAUAGAAUGAGCUUUUUGCACUGAUGGCUUCCUUGUGUUCCACCCUCCACCCCUUUUGAAUCACUGAUUUGACAGCUAAGUGCUAAAAAGAUUUUGGUGAAAAUAAACACAAUACGAUUUCCCCACUGUACAAAUAGAUAAACAUACUGUAUAGAUACAAUACUGUUGUGAAUCACAUGCAUAAAUCAAGUUGGACUUUAGGCACAGAAACUCAAAAAUGAUCUUUAUCCAACUAUCCCAGAGUUCCCAGCUUGACAUGCAAAUAAGCACAGACAGACAUUAUAUUUCAGACUUUACUCUGCAGAUACACUUAGCAAUGGACGCUGUUUUAAACACAGCUUUAUUUUUUCUUUAUAAACCACAGUAUGGUAUAUUUUUCUGUAUUUUCAUUUGCAGUCUGUAUACUUUGCACUUAGUUGUCUUAAUUACCUUACGACAAGGUCCUCAGUGUUUGCCUUUUUUUUUUUGUCAGGUUAAAGAAGAUGGUAGAAAUCAAUUUUCUUUGUGUACAUAAAAAGCUGCGAUCGAAGCGAGUGGCUCCUGUGUUAAUACGAGAAAUAACAAGAAGAGUUAACUUAGAAGGGAUAUUCCAGGCUGUUUACACAGCAGGUGUUGUUCUUCCGAAGCCCGUAUCUACUUGUCGGUAUGUAUCUUGCUAUUAGUCGGUAUGUAUCAUGCAUGUUCACUUCAGGCUAAUUGAGUUAUAUUUAAGUAGAACUUACUCCAACCAGAAAACAAUGUUUUCAUAAAUAGGACCCGCGGGUGUCUAUCUAGGACCUUUUCUUAGGUUGCUAAUUAAUUCCUUCUGCUAUAACCUGUUUCAAUAGAUAUAUAUUUGCAGUUUGUUGACCCAAUUGGGAUACAUUUGUAGAGUGGUACAUUUUAAUUUACAGAUCUAAAGAUUAUGUUUUUAACAGUCUACUGAACUCUUUUAGGGUUUGUAUUUGUGUCCUCCACCUAUGGAUGUUUUUUGUAUGUGCUUUUUGUGUUUAAUUAAAUAUUUGGGGCUAACCUCCAUACAGAAACACAAGUCUCCACCUUACAGUCACCCCCCCCCCCCUUUUUGUUUUUUGCCCGUUUAAGUAGGAGCGGACUCUGUCUGGAAUUUGUCAAGAAAAUAACAGUAAUAAAUCUUGUUAAAGGGAAACUAUAGUGACCCAGAGCACUUCAACUCAAAGUGGACUGGGUGCUGUGUCUAUGUCCUUGCAACCCUGCAGUGUAAAACAUUGCAGUUUCUGCUGCACUGACCAUCUAAAACUCCUGUUGCAUGAUGUGGAGGCUCAUAGGAAAGCAGUGAAUAUAAUGUUUCCUAUAGGGAUGAUUCAAUGCAUGUAUGGCACUCACCGCACAUGCUCAUCAGGUUCCCAAUGCUCCUUGUAGCGGAACCAACCUCGCCACUGGGCAUUGGAGCAGAAUGAUUGCCAGCCUCCUGCCCUGUGACUUUGGCCCCGUGUUUAACACUGUUCUUUUUCCCUGCAGAAAGGCUGAUUCGUGCCUUUCUGCAGACUGUUAAAGUCACGAACACCACUGAGCCGCCGACCUCCCUUUUCCUACCUGUAGUCAAUUAUCCGAACACCGGUCCAUUCUGUACUUGACUGUUUAAACCAUGCUACCCCAGAUAGCUAUGCCAUGGAGCCCAGUCCUAUACUAAAAGACUGUAUGAAAGACUUUGGCUCCAUGGCAAUUGAACUGUAUGUAUGUGAUCUGAGCGCCGUCCGGUAGUAAUGGGCGCUCAGAUCUAAGCUAUCUGGGGAUAGGUAGAAUGUGUAUGUUCUAUGUGAUAAAUGUAACAGUAUGUAAUUUUAUGUCUUUUAUUGUCCUUUGUCUGCCAUGUGGUUAAUGGAGUUUUGCCUCUGUCCUUGGAGAUAAUUGGAUUACUUCCCAAUUAUCUCCAGGACAUAGAGGGAUUGUGAUGCAUUGUGGGAUUGUAAGCUUGUGAUUGGUCAAUAUGUUUCCCAGUCUUCCAUCUGGUCCCCUAGGGGAGUGUCCACCAGGUGGAAGACCUGCAUAAAAGCUUGAUCCUCAAAUGAAGUAUCGUCUUGUUAUUGGGGGAAUUGGAUUGUAUGCUGUUACAGUGCGACUGCCAGGAGUGUAAGUUGUUCGUAUGGUUUUUCCUGUUUGGCUGUUUAACAGCAUUCGUGUGUUUCCUGUUCGUGAGUUGAAGGAUUCGUAUAGUUCCAGUUCGGGAGUUGGAGAAUUUGUGUGUUUGCAGUUCGGGAGAUUGGUGAUUGCAGUAGCUGCCUGUGCAUCUGAAAGGGAAAUAUCGCUUAAACGGUUUUUAACCUCUUGUGUGCAAAACGGUCCGUUACACUCCUCUAUGAAGAGCAUUGGAUUAAUCCUUCGCCGGAGGCCAUGCCACCUUAAUGACAUCGCGGGAGGCGGAAAGGUGAGCAUUUUUAUGGCAAAAGGGGGAGCCUUUUGGAAUACAGGUUUGUAUUCCUAACUCUUUAGUUCUCUUUUAGUAUUUUGAGGUCUAUUAAGUAAGAUUGAAUGCAUUUUUAAACUUGAGUAUCUUUUUAUUAGUAUGUUUCUAGCCAUUGUAUGGUAAUAUUUAUUUUACUAUUGGAAUCUGUUUUCUCUGUUAAAGGGGACACUAUAGUCACCUGAACAACUUUAGCUUAAUGAAGCAGUUUUGGUGUAUAGAACAUGCCCCUGCAGCCUCACUGCUCAAUUCUCUGCCAUUUAGGAGUUAAAUCCCUUUGUUUAUGAACCCUAAUCACACCUCCCUGCAUGUGACUUGCACAGCCUUCCAUAAACACUUCCUGUAAAGAGAGCCCUAUUUAGGCUUUCUUUAUUGCAAGUUCUGUUUAAUUAAGAUUUUCUUAUCCCCUGCUAUGUUAAUAGCUUGCUAGACCCUGCAAGCGCCUCCUGUAUUGGAUUAGAGUUCAAUUUAGAGAUUGAGAUACAAGUAAAGGUAAAUUACAUCUGUUUGAAAGUGCAACCAGUUUUUCUUUCAUGCAGCCUCUGACAAUCAUAGCCAGGGGAGGUUGGGCUGCAUAAACAGAAACAAAGUGAUUUAACUCCUAAAUGACAGUGAAUUGAGCAGUGAAAUUGCAGGGGAAUGAUCUAUACACUAAAACUGCUUUAUUUAGCUAAAGUAAUUUAGGUGACUAUAGUGUUCCUUUAAGAUAAAUAUGCACCUUCUGAUACUGAAGGGGCAUGAUCCAUAUACCAACACUGCUUCGUUGGGCUAAAGUUGUUUUGGUGCUUUUUAUUGUUUUCUUAUACUAUUGUUACUUACAAAAAUUAUAAAAAUAAUUCACAAGAAAAGAAUAAACAUGGCAUCAUAAACGGAUAUUGGCAUAGCUGAACUGAAUAUUCUCAAUGUUUUCACUUUUGGCGGUAUAUAACCUGUGUCUAUUACCUUACUGCAGUUUUACUUUUCAGAGACUGUGUGCUCCUCCUGCUCUUUAAUAUCUUCUGGAUAAAAUCUCAAUAAAAUACGAUUUACAAAAAAAAAAAGAAGCUGGUAUACAGGAUCUCCUCCCUAUCUCUUCUCAGGUAUUGGCAUCGGUCGUUGAAUCCUAGAAAACUGGUGGAAGUGAAGUUUUCUCACCUAAGUAGAAAUAUGACGUUGCAGAGGACAAUGAAGUUGUAUAGACUACCAGAUGUAAGUGACUGAUGUUGGUGCCGGACUUACACUGUGUAAUAUCUUAUGAUAUAGCAUGUGUUUGUGAUCAUUGGAGGUUUUAAUUGGAAAACGGAAGGUUGUUUUUUGGAUGUUUGUACCAAAACUUUAGUGAUCUCUAUAUAACAGGAGCUGAACCUACUAAGAGUUAACGUCUGCAUUUUAGGGUUGGCCUUUCAAUCCAUUCGAGACACUAGGGGGAAACAUUCUUGGAGAGUGAGGGAGGGUUCUGUGUGUAGAAUGUAACAGAACUUUUAUCAGUGCAAGUGAUGAACUGAAAUCUUUGGUGGAAUAAAAUUUAAAUGCACAAAUAAGACUGGGAGUACCAGUUCAUCCCUUUCUAAAAAAAGGGAUGUGUGUGUGAAUACUCUGUAGUCUGCCUUAAUGCAGUAACCUAAAAAGGCUAGCACUCUCUUAACUCUUAACCUUUAUCUGUCAAUGUUUCAGUUUGACAACAAACGUUUGUUUGGGUCAUUCUGAAGAACUCUGUGAAUUAAAGUGUGGUACUGUGAUAGAAUGCAACAUUUGCAAUAAGUCAGUUUGUGAAAUUUCUCCCUGCUAGAUAUUCCAUGGUCAAUUGUUAUUAGCAAUAAUCAGCAUGGUUUUAUGAAACAUAGGUCAUGUCAAACUAACCUAAUUGCAUUCUACAAAGAAUUAAGCACUUCGGGGUCAAGAAUGCACAAGCAAUUUACACCCUAAAUGGUAGCGAAUUAGGGAUAACGACAAACGAGAAGGAUUUGGGAAUUGUUAUAGACAACAAAUUAGGCAGCAAUGUCUGCAGUUGCUAAGGCCAAUAAGGUUUUGUCAUGUAUAAAUAGGGGCAUAAAUUCUCAGGAUGAAAAUAUUAUUUUGCAUCUUUAUAAAUGGCUAGUAAAACCACACCUUGAAUAUGCUGUGCAAUGUUGGGCACCUCUUCUAAAGAAGGAUAUCACGGCACUAGAAAAAGUGCAGAGAUGAGCUACAAAAUUGAUAAAAGGAAUGGAGCAUUUUAGUUACGAAGAAAGGUUAAAAAAUUUAAAACUCUUUAGUUUGGAAAAACGGCGCCUCAGAUGGGACAUGAUAACAUUAUACAAAUAUAUUCGGGGCCAGUACAAACCAUUAUCUGGAAAUCUAUUCAUAAAUAGGGCAUGGCACGCAUUUAGGCUUGAAGAAAGGAGAUUUAAUCUAAGGCAAAGAAAAGGUUUAUUUUACAGUAAGAACUAUAAGGAUGUGGAAUUCUCUGCCUGAAGAGGUGAUUUUAUCAAAGUCCAUAAAGAUGUUUAAACAGCAAUUGGAUAAAUACUUGCAAAAACAUAACAUACAGGGAUAUAAUUUCUAAUUAGUGUGGUAAUAUCUGACUUCCCUUUUGCGGUCAAGCAGGAAUUGUUUCCUAGUUUGUUGCAAAAUUGUAAGCACUUCAGACUGGGUUUUUUUCCUUCUUUUGGAUCAACAGCAAAAACACACGUGAGGAAGGCUGAACUUGAUGGACGCAAGUCUCUUUUCAGCUAUGUAACUGUAAGUGGUAUUAUUGGAAAGUGGAAGAGUUUAGUAACUGCAGUAACUCUGCUACGAAGUGGAAGGCCACGUAAAGUCACAGAGUGGGGUCAGUCAGUGCUUGAUGCGUAAAAAAGUCAUCAACACUGCUGAUUCCAUAGCUGAUUAGAAAUUGUGUGGCAGGAGCUUCAUGGAAUGGGUUUCCAUGGCUGUGCAACUUCAUGCAAAUCUCACACUACCUAGUACAAUGCCAAGCAUCUCUUCAAGUGGUGUAAAGCACACUGCUACUGGACUCUGGGGCAGUGGAAACUUUGUGGGAACAGUUUUGGAAAGGCCCUUUACUAUUCCAGUAUGAUAUGCUCAGUGCACAAAGCAGGUUCCAUAGAGACAUGGCUGGAUGAGUGUUAUGUGGAAGAGCUUGACUGGUCUGCACAAAGCCCUAACCUCAACUCUAUCAAACACCUUUCGGAUGAACUGGAAUCCAACAUCAGUGCCUGACCUUGCAAAUUCUCUACUGGAUGAAUGGGCAACAAAAUCCCACAGAAACAAAACAAAUCUUCUGGAGAGCCUCCCCAGAUAUGUGGAAGCUGUUAUAGCUGCAUAGAGGGGAACCAAUUACAUGCCAAUGUCUGUAUUUAGAAUGUGAUGUCAUAUAUAUCCCUGUUGGUGUAAUGAUCAGGUGUCCCAAUACUUUUGUCCGUAUAGUGUAUAUAUGUAUGAAAAAAGUAUCUUAUGUAGACUGAAACAUAGUUACAUAGUUACAUAGCUGAAAAGAGACUUGCGUCCAUCAAGUUCAGCCUUCCUCACAAAUGUUGUUGCUGUUGAUCCAAAAGAAGGCAAAAAACCUGGUCUGAAGCGUUUCCUAUUUUGCCACAAACGAGGAAAAAAUUCCUUCUUGACCCCAAAAUAGCAUUCAGAUGUCUCCUUGGAUCAAGCAGCUAUUACCCCACUAAUUAGAAAUUAUAUCCCUGUAAGUUAUGUUUUUGCAAGUAUUUAUCCAAUUUCAGUUUAAACAUCUGUAUGGACUCUGACAAAACCACCUCUUCAGGCAGAGAAUUCCAUAUCCUUAUUGUUCUUACUGUAAAAAAACCUUUUGCCUUAGAUGAAAUCUCCUUUCUUCCAGCCUAAAUGUGUGACCUCGUGUCCUAUGUAUAGCCCUGUUUAUGAAUAGAUUUCCAGAUAAAGGUUUGUACUGGCCCCGGAUAUAUUUGUAUAAAGUUAUCAUAUCCCCUCUCAGGCGCUGUUUUUCUAAACUAAACAGAUUUAAUUUUUUUUAACCUUUCUUCAUAACUAAAAUGCUCCAUUCCUUUUAUCAAUUUUGUAGCUCGUCUCUGGACCCUCUCCAGUGCCAUGAUAUCCUUCUUUAGAAUAAGCGCCCAAAAUUGCACAGCAUAUUCAAGAUGUGGUCUUACCAGCGAUUUAUAAAGAGGCAGAAUUAUAUUUUCAUCCCGAGAAUUUAUGCCCCUAUUUAUACAUGACAAAAUCUUACUGGCCUUAGCAACUGCAGAUUGACAUUGCAUAUUGCAUCAACAUGUUAUUGGAAGAAGAUAGCUCAAUAUAAGCAACACAAUAAAUGUAUUGCAAAUCCUAUGUGUGUUUUAAAAAUAAAUGCAGCAAGGAUUUUCCCUGUUUAGUUAUAUAUAAUAACUAAGAGACCGAUGAUCCCUCUCUUAACAUGUGCACACACAAGUCAUGUGAGGUCACUGCCCUGAACAUGCUGUAAAGUCUCUCCUGCUUUAAGUAAACAGAAUGGCGUGUUACAGUUGCUGCUUGAUGGUAGAUAACGUCAGUCUGCUUGGAGCCAGACAUGAUUUGUUAUUGCGUGUUGCCCUUGUUUAUAGUAUCUGCCUAUGUCCCUGAUUUAUAAAUGUUCUUACUAACACUGGCACUUUUUUUUUUAGUCUCCAAAGACUGCAGGUUUACGACCAAUGGAAAGAAAGGAUAUCACAAUGGUGCAGCAGUUGCUAAAUGAGUAUCUGAGCCAGUUUAAUCUCGCCCCUGUCAUGGAUGAAGAGGAGAUAUUGCAUUGGUUCCUUCCUCAGGAGAACAUCAUAGACACCUUUGUUGUGGAGGUAAAUUUGGAGCAGUUACGUUUUAGCCGAUUUGUCAUUUUCUUUUUUUGUGUGUGUAAUCUACGUGAAGUUAUGAUACGGACUUUGAGUUUGAUUACAUCACUUUGUGCAAAGCAAAUGUUGAUCGUUACAAUCUGUGACAGGGCCGGACUGGGGUAAAAAUUCGGUCUGGGCAUUUGUUAAUCACAGCAGCCCACUGAAAAGGGGGCGGGAUCAGAUAGGGUGUGUUUUGUCAUCCCUGAUGACAAGCACACCCCAUCUCAAAGUGAGCAUAUUGGUUCAAUGCUCUUCCAGGGCAGACCAUGCGCAGAGCUCUGCUGAAGAGCUCUAGCAUUAGAAAAAGGCCCUUUAUUUGUUCUGCGCAGUGCAAGCAAAUUUAAUAACAUGCUUGCAUUGUGUUUGCUUGAACUUGUCCCUUGUCCCUGGUGUGCAUCUGUUUGGAGCCUGCUUAUGGGAUUGUGUGUGUGUAGAGUGAGCUGUGGUGGUGUUUUGUGUUAAUAGGUUGGUUUCAGGCAUGUUGAAUUUGUGGUUUAAUGUAUGUGUCUAGGUGCUGUAGUGUGUGUGUGUGUGUGUGUGUGUGUGUGUGUGUGUGUGUGUGUAUAGGUGAUAUAGUGUGUGUAGGGGUUGUAGAGAGUGUGUGUGAUCUAGUGUGUGUUUGAAGGACCCAAACUGUGUAUAGGAGAUCUAGUGAGUUGCGUAUGUAGAGGGUUCAGUGUUUAUACAGGGAUCUAGUGUGUGUACAUCUGUAAAUGAUCCAGAGUUGAGUAAGGGAUCUAGUGUGUGUCUGGAAUUUAAUGUAUUUAGGGGUGCAGUAUAUGUGUGAGGGGUUCUGUAGUACAUAUACAUAUAUGUUUGGAAGUAUUGUGUGUGUGUGUGUGUGUGUGCUGUGUGAGUGUUUGGAGAGAUUGUGUUUAUAAUUAAAAAAAAAACAAAAAACCAUGCAUUGUAUCCCAACUCCCUUCUACCUUUAGCCUGGGAGGGGGUACAGUGCUGCCAUCCCUGGUGGUCCUAGUGGUGAGUGAACUCUAGCCUGUGGGGUUAGAGUUCACUCUCGCGAGACCUGGAGCAUUGCCAUGGCAAUGCUCUGGAUCUCGCCAGAGGAAUCCAGUGGAGCUGCAGGAUGGAGCUCCUCCUGGUCCUCUCCGCAGCCAGCAGCCACGUGAAAUUGCCUGUGGGCCGGUGAGGGAGAUCUUUGAUCUCCCCACCGACCCAUCAUGAAACACAGAGGGGCCAGCCCUGCAUGGUCCGGCCGGAGAGGUCCUGUGACCUUCCCUGCCGGCCUCGGGCCCAUGGCCAUUGCGGCCCACAACAUUUGCCUGACAGCCAGUCCGGGCCUGAUCUGUGAAAUAGCAUGUGCGUAAAUUACCUAUGCUGGCACCUACCUGUAUGUUGUUGUUUUUUUUUUUUUUAUUCUUGCACAAGGUCGGACAAAAGUCAAUAGAAUUUCCUACCCCCCAAACCGCAAAUUAGACCAAAGUUGUUGUUUAUUUUUAAAUGAUAUGCACUAAUAUUGGUUUUUCCUAGCAUACAGUGGCAGUACCGAUGGGGAUGCUUUUCUUAUUCUGGAAUUAAACAUAAAACAAUUAAAUUAACUGCUCCUACCUUAAAAUGCCAACCACGCAGUCCACCACAGUUCUUUUGUGUCCACACAUAACGUCAAUAUAGGUGUAUGGGCUAUAGUAUAUAUAUUGUGUACAAGCUCCCUCUGUAACUUAUUUCAAGUUUGAUCUCUUUCUAUGUCAACUUCUGCACUCUCUUUAAAUUUAAUUUCUCUCUUAGCGUUUUCAUCUCUAUUUCUUUUCUUACAAGUCUCUUAGCAUAUGCCUGCCUCUGUCUCCCUCCUUGUGCAUUUCUCAGCCAGUUUUACUAAUUCAGUGCCCCCCUUACUAAUAUUAGCCUUCCUCCACCUUGUCUAUCCAAGUCCUAUUAUUGUUUCAGCUCCCCUAUCUUUCUUCCUGGCUUCCUCAUUUUCAUGGUGCACUGGUUUUCAUGUUGUCACGUUACCUUGCCUGUUCCCUGUCUCUGUGGGAAAGACCUUCCCUAGAAUCACUGCUGCCCCACAUAUAUUGACCAGCUGAAUUAAAAAAACAAACAAAUUAUCAGCCAGUCUGGCUUCACUGCACAUACUCCAGGAAAUUACUCUUAACCAGAUUAUUACACUUCCUAUGCCCAUGCAAACAGGUUAGGUCAGGUGAAAAUAGUUUAUUCGCUAUAUUAUGUUAGAUGAUGAUCUAGCUGGAGUGGUAAAUAAACACUCCAAGCACCAUAACUCCAUACAGCCUGAACCGUUUGAAAACUUACCUGGGCUCCCCUGUUUUUCACGAGCUAAUCAUGGUCUGACUCAGGGCCAAGCUCAUUGGCUCAGCUGACUCUCUAAGCCAAUGAGAGUGGCCCGGCACAGCUCAGAGUAUCAGAGGAGCUAAUUGGAGUCUCCUUGCAGGAUAAUGUGGAAGCAGGUGGUAUCGUUUGGAGUGUUCCUUUAGAGGAAACAAAUCACAGAAAGACUUCUUUUAAUCCAAAUCCAAAAAGACACUUUUGCCCAAAUAAAAAAAAAACACUAUUUACUAGUUAUACACAAAAUUCAAACAUGCAUGUCCUUAAUUAUACAUUUAUUUAUUUUUUCAUUUGGGGUUUAUCUUAAAAUAAUAAAAAAAAGAAACCAACUUGCCAGAGCUACAGACCUAUUGUCUGCAGCCUUUUCAAGCCCUCCCCUUCUAGCCCCACCCAGACUUUGUGGCUGACCAAUUACAGACUUCACUACACCGCUCAAUGAGUCUUUGCAAAGCAAGUGCUCUAAGCAUUUGCUGCAUCUUGAGUUUAGCUCAACCAGGUUGUCUGACAAACAAGGGGUGUAACAAGGUUAAUUUAUUUUAAAAAAAUGCAAUUUUUCCAAAUUAAAUAGAGGAGCUAACGUGCUUUAUGUAUGUGGAUUGUUCCUUUAAUAAAUAUCCUGUUAAUACGAUUCGCCAUAAAAAUUGCACAAAUCUGAAUCAUAGACAUAAAAAUACACGGCACCAACUGGUUUCAAUAGUAAGUAGCUGUCCUGCACGUUCACAAAUACCAUUAUUCAUGAUGAAACCUAGGUAAUAUAUUCCCACUGGUAUUUCAUAUAAUAUUCUCACAUACCAGAUUAACCGUUUUCAUAUGACCUAAUUAUAAACCGUUCCUGUAGUUUCUUUGAUUUAUAUAUUUUUAUUUAUAUAUAUAAGCUCUCUACAAUAGAAAAUAAAGAUGUAAUUUGGCUGUUACCGACAUAUCAUUGUACAUUCUGUAAUCUUCUGCUAUACUGCACUUACCUGCUUUGCUAUGUUGUCUUGGACUGUCCUUUUUUUGUUAUUUGACAAUUCUGCAUCUAUUCUUCUCUUCACAGAAUUCAAAUGGUACGUUAACCGAUUUUCUCAGUUUCUACACUUUACCUUCAACCGUUAUGCACCAUCCGGCCCAUAAAACUCUCAAAGCAGCUUAUUCAUUCUACAACAUCCACACAGAAACUCCUUUGUUGGACCUCAUGAAUGAUGCACUAAUUAUUGCCAAAUUGGUAAGUUAUUUAAUUUCUCCUCUUGAUUGAUUCAGUACUUUGAUGUAAUUCAGCACACAAUUCUGCGUUACAUGCUCGUUUUUCUUCUUCACAAUCUGGUUAAUAUGCAACCCCUUGAAGGUCUAUUGAGUGUGUAUCUUCAACGUCACGUGACAUCCAGUGCAGGCAACCGUACGGAUGAAUUGCUAAACUUUAAAGGACCACUCUAGGCACCCAGACCACUUCAGCUUAAUGAAGUGGUCUGGGUGCCAGGUCCAGCUAGGGUUAACCCAUGUUUACAUAAACAUAGCAGUUUCAGAGAAACUGCUAUGUUUAUGAAUGGGUUAAGCCUUCCCCUAUUUCCUCUAGUGGCUGUCUCAUUGACAGCCACUAGAGGCGUUUGCGUGCUUCUCACUGUGAUUUUCACAGUGAGAGCACGCCAGCGUCCAUAGGAAAGCAUUAUGAAUGCUUUCCUAUGUGACCGGCUGAAUGCGCGCGCAGCUCUUGCCGCGCGUGCGCAUUCAGCCGACGGGGAGGAGAAGAGGAGGAUCGGAGGAGGAGAGCUCUCCGCCAAGCGCUGAUAAAAGGUAAGUUUAAACCCCUUUCCCCCUUCCAGAGCCGGGCGGGAGAGGGACCCUGAGGGUGGGGGCACCCUCAGGGCACUAUAGUGCCAGGAAAACGAGUAUGUUUUCCUGGCACUAUAGUGGUCCUUUAAAUGCCAUCAUGCACCUGUCAUGCAAAUCAUAUUUACAUGUGCUGGGUAAAAUUAAGAAUGUUCUGUAUUUUAAAGAUUUUACUAAAAUUACUCCCGAUUAUGUUUAGCCUGUAUAUGGAUGCUGCCCUAGUUCACACCACGUCUUCUAAUCUUUAUUUAGAUCUUUCAUUAUAGGUCUUAAUUAGUAGGGAAUCGAGUGGAUAACAUAAAACAUGAAUAUGAUCAAUGCAUGACCUUCCUGCAAAAACUUAAAUUCAAAGAUUUAAUUUAUAAGCUUACAUCAGCCAAAACUAGUGUUUCUGCUGUGUUGGGGUAUGUUUUAGGGCCUGUGUUUUGACUUCUGUUUUGUUUUUUAAUAUCUUGGCAGAAAGGUUUUGAUGUGUUUAAUGCUCUCGAUUUGAUGGAAAACAAAACUUUCCUGGAAAAACUCAAGUUUGGUAUAGGUGACGGCAACCUGCAAUAUUAUCUGUUCAACUGGAGGUGCCCAGCCAUGGAAUCUGAAAAGGUGACAGUGCCUUGAAUUUUUAUAUAAUAUUAAUAGUUUGAAGGGAUACUGUAAUGUUCAAAGUAAAUACAUGUUUAACCUGUAUGUAAUUUUAUGUGACCUUCUUUUUAAUAUUAGAAAGCAAAAAUGCUGGUAACGUACAUGAUCCAACAUUAGGAAAGAGAAGGCGAUAAAUUCUAAAUUAAACAGACUGUGCAAUAUAGGAAGUUUAAACAUUAGAUAUCUCUUUACAGGAAGUUUGUGCAAGUCACAUGCAGGAAGGUGUGACUAUGGCUGUGUAUACAGUGAUUUACUUCCUAAAUGGCAGAAAAUUGAUCGCUGAAUGUAUAGGAGCAUAUAAACUAUGAAUCAAAACGGCUUCAUUAAGCUAAAUUUGUUUUAGGGCCUAUAGUAUCAUUUAUGGUAUUUCUAUCGCCUGACACCUGGGACAUGCAGUUCUUGGUGCCAGACGAGCACCCAGCUCUGCUGUGGGCUAGUGACAAGGGCUGCUGGUGGGGUUUUUCUGCAAAUUAAACAUGCAUGUGACAAUAUCAGGGUGUUUGUAUACUGGAGUGCCUCAUCUCAUUAGUUGACACACAUAUUUUAUUGUUUAUAAAAUAGGAAAUUGUUAAUGACAGAGACACAGCCUUCCCCAAAUCUUGCCGAAGUGCUUUGUAGAGGAAAAGGUUUUUUUUAAAUAUAAUUUUAUAGAAAGUGCAGAUAUCAAUAGAAAAUUACACUUUCACUAUCAGCCAGAUAACUGGUCCUGUUAUGUUCUGGUUGUUUAGCUCAGGGGGGAGAAACUCGAUAAGGGAGCACUUGCUUGACAAAGACUUCUCAUUGAGCUGUAUUGAGAAGUCUGUGAUUGGACAGCCACAUAAAGUCUGGGCGGGGUUAGAAAGGGAGGUCUUAUAAAGGCAGCAGACUAAAUUGAUUUAUUUUAUUUAAACAGUAGUAUGUCCCUUUUAUAUGAUACAUGGAAAAAAAAAUAUAUAUAUUUUGUUUGUCUAACAUUUGUUGAUCAUGCUGUGAGCAAUAUAAAUUCUUAAUAAUCACAUGUAUGUUUUUCUUUUUUUUUUUUUUUUAGGUUGGUUUAGUGUUGCAGUAAGAGUGUCUUUAAUUCGAGACAUUUGCAGUCACCAGAGGUGCUUACGACACGCCGCUACUGAGAAGCUAAAAGCACAAAAGAAAGGGAAGGAAAACAAAACGACCAAAAACACGGAAGUGAAGGAAAAACAGUGCAGCUUGGCAGAAUUUGACACCUCGCAAAUAUGAUUUUAUGGCGUCAUUGGUUUUCUCUGGACGCACAUAAACAUCAAAGUGAUAGAAACAAACUUAAAGCACAUUCCUUUAGUUUGGAAACAUAAUAUUCUUUACCGUAAAUAUGACAGACUACAUAGUCUUUAAUUCAAUAUCAUAUUUUCCCUUUUUCUUUUUUUUUUUCUUUUUCUUUUUUUGAAACUGCAAAGUGCAUGAAAUAAUUUAAAAAUUGUCAGGUUUGGUAAAACGCCCUUGAAAGCUCUUUGUUUACCAGAAGGAUUGACUGAUAUAUUGCUUUGCUGAAUGAAAAUCAUGUAAUGGAUGAAAGUCCUUAAUGCAAACUCCUUGGUUUUAUCAACAUUUUCAUCUUGUCUUCUACAAUGGGCUCUCCACCAUGAGAAAGUCCACGAAAAAAAAUAUUUUUAUAAUUGGGUCAAAUAUGACUGUUUUCAGCCUGGGUUACUGCUGAUAUUUCUGCCCGCUAAUUAUUAAGACGUGAAAAGAGAGGACUUUAACGACCAAUAUUCUUUUUAGGCCAUGCCAUAAAGCUUUCAGCUUUUCUUGCUGUUAACAAUCUAGCCAUCAUCAUGGGGAUCUUAUUAACAGCUUCAGAGAUAUGGAUUGCCUACCCUUCUUUUGGGCAUGAGCUUGGCCUCAAAUGAUUUAAAAGAACCUUUACUCGAAAAAAAUAAAAAAUAAUUUCAGGACUUAAUUGGUGACACCUAUGAUCACCAUUCUAUAGACAGCCAAUUUAAAAGCAUUAACCGCUUUUGUGUAAAAGACCCUUUCAGUCAGAUCUACGGGAUUAAUGUUCCACUAAAUGGAUCAAUUUCUAAAAUAGCCAGGUGAUCCUUGCAGUUCCCCAUCAAUAGUACAGAAGUCUCUGGCUUGUUUAGUAGAGUUGUGGUACACUUCAAGAAGAUAAUUGAUAUUUUUAAUCUGACAAUUACCUGCUAGAGGUUGAAAUCAAACUAUAAUGACUAGGCUCUUAUUAACUGAUUACCUUUUUAGAGUCAUUCUCCCUUGUACCUUUGCAAAUUAAGUAUCCGGAGAAAUGUCAAUCAAGUAUUUAGAAGAGGUCUUUUAUACCAUUCUUCACUAGAAAUUGAACUCUGCUUAGGGUACAACCCUAACAAUGAAUGUUAUUCAUAAUUCAAGACAUUUAAAAUAGGAAUGAAAAAAACGAUGUGUUUAAAACAAAAAUCCAAGUCUGUAUUUGCAAGACUGGUACUUUAGCUGUUACAGUAAUUUAUAUUCAGGUAAACGUGUUGCUGUAAAUUGCAUAUAACAUCAGAGUCAUAUAAAUGAUUUUUUUUCUGUUAUGUCAAGGCAUUCAAUGGGUUACCUUUGCAUAUAAAUUGCCAAAAAUAACAGGACAUGUACAUAUAUUUUUAAAUAUCUGUCAGAAUUGUUUUAUCACUGGGCCCAAUGACUUAUCUCCUUCAACUAAUUUUAAGGUACGGUUAGCAGAUUUUCAAAUGUGAAAAUUUAAUUGUGAUAAUCUUUAAUAAUAGGGCAUUUCAGUGUCGACAGUUGAUUAACAUGUCUUCAGAGAACUGACCUUGACAUUACGGUUUGUAUGUUUCUGGCAUUUAUUCGCUAAACUGGAAAUUGUCAAGAAUAAAAAAAAAAAAAAAGGAAUUCUAAUGUUUACACCAAAAGACAUGAGCUGGGAAAAUCGACGUUUCCCAUUUCAGCUACCUUGACAAAAAAAAAUUGCAAUUUAUUGUUCAAUUUUCCAUGAUACCCAGUUUAAUGAGGACUGACUGGUCUGGGUCUGUUUUCCUAAUAAAUAAUUUGGCAUACCACACAGAUUAUGAAUAGAGAACAUUUAUGGCAUUGCUUUACGAGUUUGUAGUACUUUGCUCCAGAAUUUGUUGCACUUAACAUGCAUUAUAUUUAAAGUCCAAAAUUCCAGUUACACAGAUAGUCCCAUCAUGUCUCCAAAAUGUAUACAAUUGGUUAUCACCUUAACAAACCUAAAUUAAACUACCAUUUUUUAAUUUAAUUUUUAAAUAUAAAUAAAAAGUAUUUCUCCACACUGGCAGAACAGUCUAGUUCCAGUUUGUUUUUCCCCCAAUCUGCUUUUCUGUUUUGUUUUUUUUAUUGUUCUGAUUUAGUAGCUUUAACAUUCGUUAGUGCUUUUUUUCCCUCCUCACUUACCCAGGCUUGAAAACUGCCACUCUAGACUUAAAUUAGAUGUGAUUUUGUUAUUUUAUUCACCUUAACAACUUGGUCACAAUAAAUACUGUGAAUGGUGCCUAAUGGACCUAUUAACAAGCAACCGUAAACCUGACAAUCUCUCCAAGGAACAGCAUGUAAUAAUGUUGUAGCGCACACCUGCCUUUGUGCCAUUGUCCUUAUGCAAUAUUUAUGUUAUGAUAGUUACUGCAGUGAUUCAUUAAUGCGGAGAUAAUCAAAAUAUCAGACUAUGAUCUCUCACAGGUGACCCUGUUUCUCUGCCCGUUGCUGCAAUGAAUCGAAGAACAAUCAAUGCUGCUUCUUGUGGUUACAAAGUUGCCAGUGUGAUUAUGUCCUGCAUAUUCUAAAAUCUAUUCUCUUGCCUUUUUAGGACGUGAUAACUAUCUAUUCAAAGGGAUAAGUCACCGUGUGUGAUGUAUCAUAAUUCCAUAGCCUUAUGUAGUGAAGCAUUCUUACACACUUGGGACAAUCGGCAUUAAUGCUUAUAGAUGUAAUACAUUAUUUAUGUGAUUCAGUUUGUAGUUAUCACCCUAAUUGUCCCUAAAGUUAUUUUUAGUGGGCAAAAUAGUAGUUAUUACGCUUUAUUAGCUGAUCUUGUUUUCUGCAAGGCUGUCCCUAUAAUAAAAUCCCUAAUGUGAAAAUUUCAAUUGUCUCUUACCUACUCCCCCCCUUCCCUAAGGGAAAAAUCAGCUUAAUUUUAAUUGUAUAGAAGUGUGUUUAGUAGCAGAUCAUAUUCUAUAUCAUUAUAAAGUGCUGCAUGAAUAUUAUUAUUACAGUGUGGUAGUAUUGCUUAUUCUAUCACUAAUUAUUAGUGGACGAUAAAGUGACAGAUACAUUGGGUCAACAGAAUCGUAAAACCACAAUUACAAUGACUCUGUUAUCCGGCAUUUUAUGUGCACCAUCAUUCCGUAACUGUAAAUGCUGCCUAUUACUUGUGUUGAUCAUUUUUCUUUUUAAAUAUAUUAAGCAGAUUUUUUUUUCUAUUUUAUUAAAUAAACGAUUUCUAACUAGUAGUAAUCGUGAUGCACUUUGAGCAUUUUGCAUCAUUCCGUUGUAACAAUGCAUCACCUGUUCCUGUGAGUUGGAAUGUUGGGAAGUAUCUGCUUGACAAAACUUAAUGGGAGAGGUUCUGCAACAGCUGGGGUUUACCUUUUAUCAACUCAUUUUAAACAGUAUUUAUUUAAAGGUACAACCCAGUGCUCCAGUUUUACUUUUCUAAAAUAGUCUACUUAAUGUUUAAGCAUGAUACUGUCAUUUUAUUUCCAGGCAGAUCAUGAAUCCUUAAAUAAAACCAAACUCUGCAAUUGGCAUAUUCCAAGAUUUUGUUCUUAGAAUGCCCAAAGACAUGUCGGUGAGAAGUGUCUAACCUUGCCCCUUCAGCAGAUCUACGUUCCCAGAAUUCUCUGCCACGGAACUGCUGCCAGAGAAUUCUCGGAAAUAUAGCCUAAAAGCAGAAGGUUGCACACAUGCGUGCUAAAUUUCAAAUUAACAGUGUAUGACCAACAAAAUUAAUGUUUGCCAAAUGUGAACAUAUAUUUUUUAACACUGACCAGGUUUCAAUGACUGCAGAAUAUUUUUUUUAUGUACUGAAUUUCUUCACUUAACAUGGAAAUAAAACAUGUUAAUAUAAUGAGCCUCCCGGAACUGGGAACAAGCGUAUUUGGCUGGUUAAUCGGUUCUAGGUUGUGUAAUAAAACAUUUUUAAUGCUGUUGCAA